AGUACACUGUCACUCAGUCUGUCAGGUUACACAUCGAGUACACUGUCACUCAGUCUGUCUGGUUACACAGCAAGUACACUGUCACACAGUCUGUCAGGUUACACAGCGAGUACACUGUCACACAGUCUCAGUAAUUCUCUGUCUAUUUUUCAGGAAGGUAUGCUGUGCCUCUGAGGGUUUCCAAAUUGAUGUCUGGUAGGUGCGACCUACUCACAGACCUUUCCAACCAGACGUAAUAUGAGUAAUUUAAUGCCUGUUGGUUUUUGCAGGGUGACUUUCUGGGGGUCCACUCUCCCUUCUCACUGUUUUGCAGGUUAUUGUGAUGGCACAUGUUAGCCCUGAACUGGAAAACAUGGAAGUUCACACCCCCCCAAAUAAUAACAACAGGUGGGAUCCUACAGAGCACCCAUGGGAUGAACCUGUCGCGACAGGAAAACUGUUUGAAUGCUCCCGGAUAAAAGCAUUGGCAGGUAGAUCAUCUCAUUAUAAACACAGGGGUAUGUUGGGCAGAUAUAGUGAUAUAGAAAGGGUAGUAGAUACCUGAAAUAGCCUACCAGUGGGAGCAAUAAGGCUAACAGUGAUUUAGAAAGGGUAGUAGAUACCUGGAAUAGCCUUCCAGUGGGAGCAGUAACAGUGAUAUAGAAAGGGUAGUAGAUACUUGGAUUAGCCUUCCAGCGGAAGCAGUAAAGGAUAACCGUGAUAUGGAAAGGGUAGUAGAUACCUGGAAUGGCCUUCCAGUAGCAGCAGUAAAGGCUAAUAGUGAUACAGAAAGAUUCCAAGAAUAGCCUGGAAUAGUGUUUAGUAUAGCCUCCAUGUAUAAUAUGUUAAGUCAUUAGACUUUAAUAGUUCAGUAAAGGGAGUGAAGCAGGAAAGACCAUAGAGACUGUCACAUGGAAACACUGUCUGACACAAUGUAUAUGGUUAAAGGAUCCUGUUAUAUACUAAAGGUAGGGAUGUACUAAACUUUAAGAACAAAACGAUUUCAUUUCAAGAAUAGAUGAAAGGAUUAUGAUGUUAGAAUCUAGUUUAAGGUAUCAGGUGUCCUUUAAGAAGAUAAUAUGAAAUGUGGGGUGUGCUCCCAGUCUCUGACUUCAUCCUUCUCUUUUUGUUUAGAUGAACGAGACGCAGUCCAAAAAAAGACCUUCACCAAGUGGAUGAAUUCUCACCUGUCCAAGGUGCCGUGCCGGGUCACUGACCUCUACAAUGACCUUCGAGAUGGGUACAUCAUCACCAAACUGCUAGAAGUGCUCUCGGGAGAGCAGCUGGUGAGAUCACAUAAAAUGCCUUGGCAAAAUGUAUGUAUUUCGAUUUGCCACAUUUAUAUAAAACUGUAAUGUUAUUAACCUCCGUAGGAUAAACUUAUAUUCGGCUGAUUAAUACACCCACUAAUUCAUGCAGAACCAGUUAUAUUAUAAUAGACCGCUUGCUUGAGGAAACUACUUGUGUGUAGGUAGCGGUUAUCGUGUGGUGUAAACCAUAACAAUCCCCCAAAUCGCUCAAUUCCCCCCCAAUAAAACUAGGAAACGUAUAUGUGGUAUAAAAAGGCCACAGCUUUAUUUAUAAAUUAACAAACAACUGUAAAUAAACCAACCAUAAAUAAUUUAGGUGUAAGUAUGCUUAUCUUCAAACUAGUCCUUGCCAACCGUACCACCAAAACUCUAGGGUACACCCCCCACCAAGGCAUCGGCCCUCGUCCAAGAUACCUGGCCUUCACUUUGGCCUUCAAACUCCACAUGCCAACCCCUGGCCACCUUUCCUGGCACGGAGGGCACGCCCAAAUACCCAAACAUUUUCCGAGGUCAGGGGAGGGACCCGACCCAGCAUCUUUCUUUUCCUGUACUCCUCUUCCCAAUAGGUUCGGCAAGGACCAUACCCGCCGGCUGUGACAAGAAAAUCAUUAAUGAUAUACAGACAAACAACACAAAACGGAAAAAGGGGAGGGAGGGAGGGGAAUAGUUACCUUGCCGUUAGAUUUAAGAUGGCUGAGGUAAAAGACAAAAUGUCACCUAUUUAUAUAACCCCACCCUACUCCUUAGCUAAAUCACACCCCCAUUUUUUCACCACACCCACCACACCCACACAUGCCUCCUAUCCGGCUAGCAUUCAGCCCGCCUCCUCUGGGCCUUGUGUGUAGGUAGCGGUUAUCGUGUGGUGUGACCCCAUUACACCCCCAAAUCCAUUCACUUCCCCCCAAUCAAAACUAGGAAACGUAUAUGUGGUAUAAAAAAGGCCACAGCUUUAUUUAUAAAUUAACAAACAUAUUUAAAUAAACCAACCAUAAAUAAUUUCCAGGUGUAAGUAUGGUUAGAUUCAAACUAGUCCUUGCCAACCGUACCACCAACCCUCUAGGGUACACACCCCACCAAGGCAUCGGCCCUCCCCCCUCGUCCAAGAUACCUGGCCUUCACCUUGGCCUUCCAAUUCCACAUGCCAACCCCUGGCCACCUUUCCUGGCACGGAGGGCACGCCCAAAUACCCAAACAUUUUCCGAGGUCAGGGGAGGGACCCGACCCAGCAUCUUUCUUUUCCUGUACUCCUCUUCCCAAUAGGUUCAGCAAGGACCAUACCCGCCACUAGCCCCCAGCUGCAUUUACGCCUAAAUCAGCGGGCGCGACCCCCAAGCAACGCCAUGGCCUGCUCCAACGCGUCCUGUAGCGCUAAAUUAAAUAAGUCCAAGCCUACAUCAGUUAGAUGGACCCCGUCCGGGCGAAAAUAGAUUGCUGCCUCGCGCUCAAAAAUACGGUGUCGCACUGUUAAGCCCCCGACGCCUAGGACAAAUUUGGAAACCCGCUUAUUAAUCUUGACCCUGCAGUGCUCAAUAGCACCCUGAUCGCGUGCGCACUUCCAAUAGUUCCUAGAAACGAUAUCCGACCAUAUUAAACAAAGUCGUGGAAAAAGCACACGCAAGCGCGCCAAAUCUCGCCUGAUGAGUUCCCCCAGCCCCCACGCAGGCAGGGACCCCAGAUCGUUCCCCCCCAGAUGCACCACCAAGAUGUCCGGGGCUCCUAAUAAAGUGGAUAACUGCACGACCUCCGGUAAUAGCUGACCCCAUCUCAUGCCCCGGAACCCGAACCACCGGACUUCCGCCAGCUCCCGAGGUAUUCCGAGCCGUGUCCCACCCGGGCGUACCAUUAUUACGUGGACAUGUGCCUCCCGAUGGGUUGUGCGAUAUCCUGUUUUUACUUCGAAUGUUUUAGUUCCUUCAUGGAAUGGGUAUAUUAGAGCGGAAUCCGGUUACGAUUCCUUGCUUCACUACCUGGAUGACUUUUUCUGUGUUGGCCCUGCGCGCUCCCCGAUAUGCGCGCACCUCCUGCAAGCAGUAGCGGAUGUUGCUUGCGAGUUCGGAGUGCCGCUGGCACCAGAAAAAACAAUUGGCCCUUCUACGUGCCUGUGCUUUCUCGGGAUCGAGAUUGAUUCCGUUGUUGGUGAAUGUCGGCUUCCAUUGGAUAAAUUGGCUGAUCUUCGGGAGGUGGUGCGAGUGGCGACCACUUUGCGAAAAAUUACGUUGCAGCGACUUCAAUCCCUAUUGGGCAAAUUGAACUUUGCCUGUCGGAUUAUGCCGAUGGGCAGGGUGUUCAACCGGCGCCUUGCUACGGCUGGGAUUUUGAAACCGUCUCACUUCGUCCGCUUGACCAAGGCGCUCAGGGAGGACUUGGCAGUAUGGGCAGUCUUUUUGGAUGGGUACAACGGUAGGUCCUACUGGCAGCAGCCCGAGGUGACGAACUCGGUGCUGCACCUGUUUACGGAUGCCGCGGGGUCUUCGGGCUUUGGGGCUAUCAUGGGAAGGCAAUGGUGUGCGGAGCCCUGGCCCGAAUCGUGGUUAACCUCUGGCCUGACCAAGAACAUGGCUUUCUUGGAACUCUUCCCCAUUGUGGUGGCUAUCCAUCUUUGGGGGCCAGAGAUCAAGAACAGGCGUGUUGUGUUCCACUGUGACAACCUGGGCGUUGUCCAGGCCAUUAAUAGGCUACCCCCCGAACCCCCCAACCCCCUCCCGAAAUCCCCGGUGGCCUGCGGCCCACUUACCGCCCUGGAAGGAGAGGUGGAUGCAGGCCCAACCUGUGCGCGCCCUGCCCGAGAUCCGGAGGGGGCAGAGCGCACAUCAGGCACCCGGCGCGCCGGCCGGGCUGGAUUAGCGGACCGGGAGCUCGCGGCCGCCCUUCUGAGGGCCCGCGAGCCGAUGGUAAGAAGUCCUGGGCGGCUGUCACCUCCCCGAGCAGCGGCCGCCAGACGGGCACUGCGCGACCGCCUCGGGGAGGAGGAGAGAGGCUGCAGAGAUGUGCCGGCCACGGCCACAUGAGAGCUGGCGCGCGUGCCGGCACUGGGGAUCCCACUCCCGUCCCUCACCCGGCCCUCUCGCGAGGGAGGAUGGCUGAUGGCAGCUCCGGCCGCGGCCGCGUGGGAACUGGCCCGCGGACCGGCAGCUGUGCUCCUGCCUCCAGCCCCCACCCAGCCUUCCUGUGAGGGGCUCGGGGAGGAGGCAGGAGAAUGCCUGGUGUCAGCGCCGGCCGCGGCCGCGUGGGAACCGGCCCGCGGACCGGCAGCUGGGCUCCUACUUCUGGCCCCCACCCGGCCCUCCUGUGAGGGGCUAUAACGGGUGGGGGGACGCGCCCGGCGGCGCGGGGCUCCAUGGCUGCCGGGAGGGGGAGCAGCUACCACAGAGGCACCCUGCAGCCUUGCCAGCUGGGCCUGCAGGUGCCUGCCACCGUCCUGGAGGGCCUCAGCCCUAAGGGCAGCAAGGAUGCCUUCAAUAUCCAUGCUCCUGGCCAUGAGGUAAGCAAAGUAACUAAGGGCUAGCACAGGGGACUAGUUACCUUGCCGUUAAAUUUAAGAUGGCUGAGGUAGCAGACAAAAUGUCACCUAUUUAUAUGACCCCACCCUACUCCUUAGCUAAAUCACACACCCAUACUUCCACCACACCCACCACACCCACACAUGCCUCCUAUCCGGCUAGCUUUCAGCCCGCCUCCUCUGGGCCUGGGUGUGCCUAGAGUCACUGUGGGGUUUGCCCUCCCUUCCUGGAGCACCCAGUGGGAAUACUCCCUAAUUCAACGUGUGCAUUACUCAAAUUAUGUACAAAACCAACGAAAAGGAACAGGGCAGUAACCAACCGAGGGUAAGGUAGGGUAAUAGCUGCUUGAUCCAAGGAGACAUGUGACUGAUAUUCUGGGGUCAAAAAGGAAUUUUUUCCUAGUUUGUUGCAAAAUUGGAAGCUCUUCAGACUGGGUUUUUUUUUUGCCUUCUUUUGGAUCAACAUCAAAAACCAAAUGUGAGGAAGGCUGAACUUGAUGGACACAAGUCUCUUUUCAGCUAUCCGUCUAUCUCCACAAAUAUAAAACUACUUACACAAAUAAAAAUGGCCAUUGUGCUGAAACUAUGAGAAUUCAAGGACAAGUUCAAAUUUAAGGCCAGAGUAGACAACAUGAAAGCAUACCUGGCUUACAGGGACACUCCAGUUCCCCAGAGGACUUCAGCUUGCUCACAAAAAAUACAGAUUUGAAUAGAAAUUGUCACUUUUCUAAAUUACCUUGUUACUCCCCCCUUCUCAUUGAGCUGCAUUGGGAAGCCUGUGAUUGGACAGAAGCAAAAAGUGUAGGCGGGUUUAGAAGGGGAGGGUUUGCAAAGGCUGCAGACAUGAGAUCUACAGCUUUUGCAAUUUGUUUUAGAUAUAGCCCAAUAAACAAAAUGCAGCACUAAAUUCAUAAAUGUUUUCAUUUGGGGUAUAUCUGCUAAACAGUGUGUAGCGGAGGCCUUAUAUUUCACAGGUUAACUCCACUAAGAUCCCAGUGAGGCUCAGGAACAAGUGAUGAAAAAUCCCAUAAAGUAAUAAUUCCAGCAAGCAAGGUAAUCCACGAAUAUCCCCAUACAGAUCCCAAUGACUGGAUGACACACAGCAUCAGGAGCAGAACUAACUUUUAUUCCACACAACCUCAUUUUAAGCAUUCUCCCAUGCAAGGGAGGGAUUCACAUUCAUUAGUACAGUAUCCAGUGGAAUAGCAGUUACCUCCCACACAGCUCCUCCCCUCAGUAUGACACUUAAUCCUAUUACACAGGUUAUAGUUUUCCCCAAGUUCUGGAUGUACCCUAAGAUCAGCAGAUACACCAAUACUUUGGGUACCCCCUGGUAGCCCUGAUCUGGGUGACCAACAUAUCCAAAAUUCACCCAGAUCAGACCAGGGGUUCGGGAGUUAGGUGGAGGGUAUAAUUUGACCGACCGCACACGAGGUGGUACCCGAAAAGGGUUCCAUGUGUUUUGGCCCUGAGGUCGGUCUCCGUUCGGGAGUUGAAAUAGAUAUAAAAAGCUGCCAUCCACGAAUACUAUUACAUUCGUAUGACUCCCCUCAUUCGUUACUUUAAACUUACUGAACGGGGGGCUGAUUCGCCUUCCCGUUCGGGAGUUACGGAGCUCUGGAGGUGUCAGCGGUGUUCGGGUAAUCGAGUGUUCGAUUUGAGUUCCAGACACUCGACAACCAAACACCGCUGAACCUUUUGUGCGUUAGAUGGCCGCAGCCACGUGUUCGUAUGCCGAAUGGCGGCCACCCAAAUACAUACAUAAAACACCUAUUAGUCUGCGGUUAGCGAGAAGUGUGCAGCUUAACGAGGGACACACUUCGCUCUGGGGUGGUCUAUUGGUUCGAUAGUUUCCAUUCGUAUGGAAUACGAAUGGAAACUACCGAACAAUUACACGAAUUCUACUUACAAUUAACUAUACAGCAGUAAUAACACACGAAUUGCAGGAUUCUCAUAGUCUUUAAGGACAGCCAUAGUACCAUCCGCCACACAGUGAUUUUAUAAAAAAUAUAUUUUGCAGUGGAAUGCCAAAUUAAAGAAUUUUCCCAGUUUGGUUAUUUUGAACAUAAAUGUAAAAUUCACUUCUAAUUCCUACUAUAGUGAAUAGCCCUGUAUAAUGCAGCACUACAUGUGAAGUAGAGGGUAAAAUACUAUAAAACAUGAUGAGGUAAUAUACGGUCUCUGGUGAAACACUGAGGGCUUAGUCGUCACCUGUUUAGCGCAACAUCCUUUUUAAUAUCUGUAUUCAUGUAUACGGGUUUUACACUAAAUAUAAUCCCCACUUCCAUCUCAAAUAUUUUCCAUCAUAAGACAUUUUACAGAAAAAGCGUUAUGGGCUCCCUUGUCUUCCCAGCGUCCCAACGCAAGGGGCAGCUUGUUAUCUCUAUUUCUUGCUACACUUGGACAUUGAUGGGGAAAAUGCAGGGAAUCCUAUGGAAUUUUCAUUUGCAUCGAAGCAGGGUCGUCAACUACAUAUUGUUUCUGUAAAAUAUUGUAAUUGCCUCACAUAUUAUUACAUUUCCCCCUUUAUGACAUUGUAAAGCUCUGUGGUAUAUGUUGGCGCUAUGUAAGUGCCAAUAAUAAAGGGGGGGGGAGGGGUACGUUUUGCUGCACACUGUCAGACCCAGUUAUUAGAACUCAGUUUCGUCUCUUUACUUUUAAGUGAAAGACUAUUUUUUGUGUCAGGCAAAGUGUUCAUUAAAGUGUUUUAUAUUACACAUAAGUGGAGAAGGCCAACAUAACUUAUUAUAUAGACUUAUCUGAACAGAAAUAGAUUUUUUUUUAUGCAGAAUGGUGUCUUAUCCAAUGUAAGUAAUAUUGUACGUGCUAUUCAGUAUUAUGGAGUUAAAGGGACACAUCAAAACAACUUUAUCUUAAUGAAGCCGUUUUGCUGUGUAGAUCAUGCCUCUGAAGUUUCACUGCUCAAUUCUCUGCCAUUUAGGAGUUAAAGGGACACUGUAGGCACACAGACCACUUGGGCUCAUUUUUUAUGGGGUUCCUGUAUUAUUUUCAUGUAAAAUAUACAUGUUAGUUUCUGUGUUUGAGAAAUAAUUGAAUUAUCCUAAUUUGGGCUUAAUUAUCUCCCAAACACAGAGGCUCUUGGGAAGAAACCCUUGUGUUCUUGAUAUGAAAAUCCUAUGCUAGGGGCCAGUGUAUAAAAGCUGUGUGUGGCAGAAUAAACUUCAGUUUUACUCCCAGAACUGUGUCUCGUCCAGUUGCUGGGGAGGAGGUGGGCUAUUUACUUGGCAAUGUCUUGUUCUUGAUUUCUACCCUUGGGGAUCCAACAGAGGAGAGUACUGGACAGGACUAGGGCUCUGCUACAAUCCCUUCAGCCCCGCAGGAGUGGGCGCGAGAGAGGGGGGCACUUUUUAAACCUAUACUGCCAGGAAAACGGCUUUGAUUUCCUAGCACUAUAGAAUCCCUUUAAAUCACUUUGUUUAUAUUUAUGCAGCGCUAGCCAAACAGAAUUUGCAGUUAAGGAAGUUGAAACAUUAGAUGACACUUUACAGGAAGUGUUUAGGAAGACUAUGUAAGUCACAUGCAGGGAGGUAUGACUUGAGCUGCAUAAGCAAACUGAUUUAACUCCCAAAUGGCAGAGAAUGGAGCGGUUAGACUGCAGGAGAAUACUCUAUAUACUAAAACCGCUUCAUUAAGAUAAAGUUGUAAUUUUUAAAACUUACUCUGACCAUUAAGGUUUAAAUAAAUGCUAAUUUGAUUGCGGAUUGGGUUUGGCCUGGUGAUAGUACAUUACUUUUUACCACUAGGUGUCAGUAUUGUACUAUCAUGUUUGAGUACAGGCCGCUGAAUGCAGUCUGAGUCUGACCGGAUGGGAUAUAUUAGUUUAUCAUUUGGCAGAAGAUUUGCAUAAUGCGGUUAGGCUUUUUGAGUUAUUUUACCCAGACCCUAGUUUAUUAAAUCUUUAAUAAACAGGAGUAUGUCAAUAAAUACCCAUAUAACCUGAAGUCUGUGUGUGUGUGUAUGUUGCUGUGUGUACAUGGUAACUGGUAGCUGUGUGUAUAUCGCAUAUUCUAGCUGUGUGUAUAUCGCAUGUUCUAGCUGUGUGUAUAUCGCAUGUUCUAGCUGUGUGUAUAUCGCAUAUUCUAGCUGUGUGUAUAUCGCAUAUUCUAGCUGUGUGUAUAUCGCAUAUUCUAGCUGUGUGUAUAUCGCAUGUUCUAGCUGUGUGUAUAUCGCAUGUUCUAGCUGUGUGUAUAUCGCAUGUUCUAGCUGUGUGUACAUGGUGACUGGUAGCUGUGUGUAUAUUUCAUGUUCUAGCUGUGUAUAUCGCAUGUUCUAGCUGUGUGUACAUGUUGACUGUUAGCUGUAUGUAUAUCGCAUGUUCUAGCUGUGUGUACAUGUUGACUGUUAGCUGUAUGUAUAUUGCAUGUUCUAGCUGUGUGUAUAUCGCAUGUUCUAGCUGUGUGUAUAUCGCAUGUUCUAGCUGUGUGUACAUGGUGACUGUUAGCUGUAUGUAUAUUGCAUGUUCUAGCUGUGUGUACAUGGUGACUGGUAGCUGUGUGUAUAUCUCAUGUUCUAGCUGUGUGUAUAUCGCAUGUUCUAGCUGUGUGUACAUGUUGACUGUUAGCUGUAUGUAUAUUGCAUGUUCUAGCUGUGUGUAUAUCGCAUGUUCUAGCUGUGUGUACAUGGUGACUGUUAGCUGUAUGUAUAUUGCAUGUUCUAGCUGUGUGUACAUGGUGACUGGUAGCUGUGUGUAUAUCUCAUGUUCUAGCUGUGUGUAUAUCGCAUGUUCUAGCUGUGCGUGUGUCACAUGUUUACUCUGUUUCCAGCCUAAACCAACACGUGGCCGAAUGAGGAUUCAUUCUCUGGAGAACGUGGAUAAGGCUUUGCAGUUCCUCAAGGAACAGAGAGUUCACCUGGAAAACGUGGGGUCCCACGAUAUCGUGGAUGGGAAUCACCGUCUCACGCUCGGCCUGAUCUGGACUAUAAUCCUUCGCUUCCAGGUCUGUCUGUCUGUGUCUUUAUUUGAAAGAUACGUUCCACUCCUUGUGUGUUUUACAGCACUAUUCUGACUGCUAAUAGUGUCCAGAUAUGUUUUCUGGAAAGUCUUUAAAGCCCCAUUCGUUCAGGAGAUCUUUAACCCACUCCACCCCCUACUCUAGAUCCAGGUUAUAAAGAUAGAAUCCGAGGACAAUCGUGAGACCAGGUCAGCGAAAGAUGCCCUUCUCUUGUGGUGCCAGAUGAAGACAGCGGGGUAAGUUCCAACGUAUCUAGGGCAUUACAAGGGACCUUAUUGGGUCAUUUGAUUUCCAUCACUGAACAUUUCUAUAAUCCAGGAUUUUGCACAUUCUGUAACACUUUCUUCCGUGUUUCUAGAUAUCCAGAAGUUAAUAUCCAGAACUUUACUACUAGCUGGAGAGAUGGUUUGGCAUUCAGUGCUCUUAUUCACAGACACAGGUAAAGUGAUUGAACAUCUGCUCAGGGUUCCAUUGGAGAUCUUACCGGGAUCUAUUAAGUACUAUCACUACCUCUCUAUGUCCUCCUGGGAUCUGCUCUAUAGAACUGAACACAAUACUCUAGGUGAGAUCUUACCGGGGAUCUAUAAAGUACUAUCACUACCUCUCUAUGUCCUCCGGAGAUCUGCUCUAUAGAACUGAACACAAUACUCUAGGUGAGAUCUUACCGGGAUCUAUAAAGUACUAUCACUACCUCUCUAUAUCCUCCUGGGAUCUGCUCUAUAGAACGGAACACAAUACUCUAGGUGAGAUCUUACCAGGGAUCUAUAAAGUACUAUCACUACAUCUCUAUGUCCUCCGGAGAUCUGCUCUAUAGAACUGAACACAAUACUCUAGGUGAGAUCUUACCGGGGAUCUAUAAAGUACUAUCACUGCCUCUCUAUGUCCUGGGAUCUGCUCUAUAGAACUGAACACAAUACUCUAGGUGAGAUCUUACCAGGGAUCUAUAAAGUACUAUCACUACCUCUCUAUGUCCUCCUGGGAUCUGCUCUAUAGAACUGAAAAGUGGUUUUAUCUGUUUUGCAAAUUAUUCUUUGAGUUCGUAUACAUCCAUUGUGUUCUCUACGCCCACAGACCCGAUAUCAUUGACUUCAGCAAGCUAACUAAGUCAAACGCCGCAUACAAUCUCCAGCACGCAUUUAACACGGCUGAACAACAACUUGGGCUCAUCAAACUGCUGGAUCCUGAGGGUAAGUGACACUUUUGGAGGAAGAUUGUGUCAUCCUACGCCUCCUAAAUUUUAUAUAAAACCAUCUAUGUUUGAGUUAAGGAGUGGCAAAAGGGCUUCCCCUCAAGUGUUUUUAGAACUACAACUCCCACGAUGCUUUGCAAGCCUGGUGCCUACAAUAAUUCAAUAAUUGGGGUGUUGAGGAAUGGUGGAGGGUUAAAGUUGUGUCUGAUAUGUUCUCUGUGUAACUUAUGCUGUUUAUUAAAUCUUGCCCCAUCAGACUGUAAUGUAAAUAUCCCAUCACUGAACCAGUAGAAGGUUAAAGUAGGCCCUGCCAGUUUGGAAAUAAAACCUUUAGAAUAAUCAGCAACAUUUAAAGAGCAGCUUUUAACAAACCUCAACCCUUAAAAACCUGUACAAUUGGAUUUAUCGUGGUUUUUAAAUGGUAAAAACAUAUGAAAUAUCACUGUGUUCGUUUCUCUCCAUUUACACAAAAUGUAAUGAUUAAAAAAGAGGAUGAACGGGUCAGGUGCAGGAAUUGGUGGUUAGUCCAUAAAAUGAGCGGCCAAACCUGCGUUCCAUAUUAUUCCGGUUUGUCUCUUUUGGAUUACAAUGUGCUAUUCUCAGGCAAUUUCCAAAUAAAAAGUCUGUAGUGUUUUAUACUGUGCUGAGUUCCAUACACUGAGUACAAUAAUUACCGAGCCCAGAGAACUGCAAUACUUCUUCCCAAUAGCCGUUUCUGCUGUAACUGUCCUGUCUUAUUGCUCCUUUCUAAAGAUGUCAAUAUGGAGAACCCAGAUGAGAAGUCCAUUAUUACGUACGUCGUAUCAUUCUACCAUUACUUCUCCAAGAUGAAAGCUUUGGCGGUGGAGGGCAAACGCAUUGGGAAGGUAAUCCUAUAGCCUAACAUGGAGUAUACACUGGGGGUGACCAGGGAAUAGACUUCCAGCUGAUUCAGUACUUCAACUCCCAAGAUGCUUUGCCAGGUGGUGCAGUGCUAUAUUCUGGUGGAACGUUGCCGUAGCACAGUGGUCUGUGGUCAGUUAAUAUCUGCUCCCAUAUCUGCAAAAUAACUCAGAAGCCUCUUGUUUCUUCCAGGUGUUGGACAAGGCAAUUGAGAUCGAGAAAGACAUUGCUCGCUAUGAGGGUCUGGUUUCCGAGCUCCUGGAAUGGAUUGAGAGAACCAUAUCUAUUAUAACCAAUCAGAAAUUCGCCAACUCCUUGCAGGGCGUCCAACAGCAGCUUCUGGCGUUUACCACCUACUGUACCACCGAAAAACCCUGCAAGUGAGUCACAUCUAGCACAGCAGGAUCUGAAAGGGACCGUCGCUGCAAAGAACAGGCGCACAAAUCUGCCCAAAUAUUUCAAAUAAUAAAAUAAAUAAAAAUAAAGACUAUUUAGUAAAUAUACUCCCAAUGAAAACAUGAAUUUGUUUAAUUAUGCAGUCCUAAUGAAAUCUGCUCUUUUUGUAAAAAUGAAAAAAGACAAAUUAAAGGAUUUCAGCAAAUAAAGUGCUUUAGGUGUUUGGAGUGUUCCUUUAAGACACUUUUUGGGGAUCUCCAUUUAACACAUUACUUAUCUGAAUUUUCUUCCCACUGCUGAUGGAAUUGACAUCCUCUCCAAUAUUCCUGCUUUGGUAAAUAGCCCUAUUAUAUUAACAGACUUGCAGAACGUGGGCCAAGAAUCACAGUUUGCUUUAGCUGAAAAUUCUAAAUAAUUUGCUUUUUAGUGAAUAAUCCCCAAUGUGUUUUUUUUGUUUGUUUUUUUUAGGUUUCAAGAAAAAGGAAACUUGGAGGUUUUGCUCUUCACAAUUCAGAGCAAGAUGAGAGAGGAAAAAUGUAAGCUGUACGUCCCAACGGAUGGGAAAACCAUUUCAGACAUCAACAAGGUGAGAGCCAUUCACUGCGGUGUGGAUUAGCCGGAAUUUAACAUUUUAGUAAACAUUAGGGGAAUGGAAGAUUUAGCUAACUUGGAGACUUAUUUUUAAAAAAUCAGUUGCUGAUAUAUGAAAUGUGCUUAGAAUUCUCACCAAUUUCCACCUAAUGAAUAACCUGUUAUUUUUACACAAUAAAUGGUGUAAAGUAGUGACAGCUGUUACUGCACUGCCAGACAUGGGUUACAUGUUGGUGACCGAGGGAGAGAGGAGAGGCAGAUCUACGUCUCAUCCUUUGUGGCACUGCGGUCCUCUGCUUUUAUCAUUAGAUCCCCCAGGAGCCGGCCUCACUGAUGUGUUCCGCAGUAAAAGAGAUUUGUGCAUGCGCAAUGAGAAGCCAUAGGCCUCUGUUACGCUAGUCACUGCCUGCUCCCAUGGUGGAACGCGCUGUAAGCUCCCCUCCUGGCAUGCAUUGUCAAUUGGUGUCCCUAUAUCUUCUGAUUGUGUUAGAAUUUCAGUCAAAUUGCAAAGCAGUCAAAUAUGGUAUCUUUAAAAAAAUUACCGUGCCGCUUAACAUGGACACUUUAUUCACUAAGCACUGUAUUGUAGCGAAUAGAAAACUGAAUUGCAAAAUUCAGGCUAAAAAGUCUGAGUUGGUGAAUUUUUCCAAAUCGGCUAUUUUUGCCUACAUUUUGGAGUACAGUUUAAUCUUUAUAACAGUGGUACCCGCCACUCUCCUUGGCAUCACUGGGAGGUGAUCAUUUCUGUGUUUAUAUGGGAAGUGUAUCUGUUCUGGAAGUGGUCUGGUAGGACUUGUUGGUAGCAUUGACAUUAAUGGCUCUCAGUAUUCUACAUGUCAAACAGCAGAACUUUCAAGAAGGUCUGACAUAGUGACUUUAAUUCGAUUUCUAGGCCUGGACGCGGCUGGAGAAAGCAGAGCAUGAACGGGAGGUGGCUUUGCGGAAUGAGCUCAUUCGCCAAGAAAAGCUGGAGUUACUUUCUCAACGCUUUGACCAGAAAGCAGCCAUGAGGGAAGCAUGGCUGAGCGAGAAUCAGCGUCUGGUUUCCCAGGUAACACGUCACAUCUGGGCACUCUCAGCACAUUGCUAGUUAAUUAUUCUAGGUUAGGUGCUCCCGUGCUGCUAAAUAAUAUAUUUACAUUCACUACACCCUCAACUCCCUAUCCCCCCACCCCCCCACUCUCUGGGGAAAAAAGCUGGAUUGUUACUUUCUUCUCAUUGGAAGGACAAUUUUGGUUAUGACCUGCCAGCAGUCGAGGCCGCCAUGAAGAAACAUGAAGCCAUCGAGGCCGACAUAUCCUCCUACGAAGAGCGGAUACAGGUUGUGGCGGAUCUGGCUCAUGAGAUGGAGUCGGAAGGAUACUACGAUAUUUGUCGGAUCUCGGCCCAGAAGGACAACAUUCUCCGUCAGUGGAACCUGCUGAAAGACCUGCUAAGAUCCCGCAGGGCCCGACUGGAGCAGAACCUGGCCCUGCAGAGAAUAUUCCAGGAAAUGGUCUAUAUGAUCGACUGGAUGGAUGAGAUUCAGGUAUAAUGGACUGGGGCCACACAGAUUUGGGGGCCAGAGCUUUGCUCAGAGGUGUGAAAAGGCAUUCUGGUGUCCUCUCUCCAUAGGUCCAGUUAUCUUCUAAAGAUUUUGGAAAACACCUGCUAGAAGUGGAGGACCUUCUGCAAAAACACAGCCUGCUGGAAGCUGACAUUGCUGCACAGACUGAUCGUGUUAAUUCUCUGAAUCAGGCCGCGCUCAGAUUUACCCACAUCAGCGGUAAGUGUGGGAUGGUGUAUGAGCACACAGCAUAUACACUGUGAAUCUCUCUGCUCACACACUGUAAUAUAGAAUGUCUCUCUGGCUGCUCACACACUGUAAUAUAGAAUGUCUCUCUGCUCACACACUGUAAUAUAGAAUGUCUCUCUGGCUGCUACUGUAAUAUAGAAUCUCUGGGCUGCUCACACACUGUAAUAUAGAAUGUCUCUCUGGCUGCUCACACACUGUAAUAUAGAAUGUCUCUCUGGCUGCUCACACACUGUAAUAUAGAAUGUCUCUCUGGCUGCUCACACACUGUAAUAUAGAAUGUCUCUCUGGCUGCUCACACACUGUAAUAUAGAAUGUCUCUCUGGCUGCUCACACACUGUAAUAUAGAAUGUCUCUCUGGCUGCUCACACACUGUAAUAUAGAAUGUCUCUCUGGCCGCUCACACACUGUAAUAUAGAAUGUCUCUCUGGCUGCUCACACACUGUAAUAUAGAAUGUCUCUCUGGCUGCUCACACACUGUAAUAUAGAAUGUCUCUCUGGCUGCUCACACACUGUAAUAUAGAAUGUCUCUCUGGCCGCUCACACACUGUAAUAUAGAAUGUCUCUCUGGCCGCUCACACACUGUAAUAUAGAAUGUCUCUCUGGCCGCUCACACACUGUAAUAUAGAAUGUCUCUCUGGCUGCUCACACACUGUAAGAUAGAAUGUCUCUCUGGCUGCUCACACACUGUAAUAUAGAAUGUCUCUCUGGCUGCUCACACACUGUGAUAUAGAAUGUCUCUCUGGAUGCUCACACACUGUGAUAUAGAAUGUCUCUCUGGAUGCUCACACACUGUAAUAUAGAAUGUCUCUCUGGGUGCUCACACACUGUAAUAUAGAAUGUCUAUCUGGCGGCUCACACACUGUAAUAUAGAAUGUCUCUCUGGCGGCUCACACACUGUGAUAUAGAAUGUCUCUCUGGAUGCUCACACACUGUAAUAUAGAAUGUCUCUCUGGCUGCUCACACACUGUAAUAUAGAAUGUCUCUCUGGCUGCUCUCACACUGUAAUAUAGAAUGUCUCUCUGGCCGCUCACACACUGUAAUAUAGAAUGUCUCUCUGGCUGCUCACACACUGUAAUAUAGAAUGUCUCUCUGGCUGCUCACACACUGUAAUAUAGAAUGUCUCUCUGGCUGCUCACACACUGUAAUAUAGAAUGUGUCUGGCUGCGCUCACACUGUAAUAUAGAAUGUCUCUCUGGCUGCUCACACACUGUAAUAUAGAAUGUCUCUCUGGCCGCUCACACACUGUAAUAUAGAAUGUGUCUCUGGCUGCUCACACACUGUAAUAUAGAAUGUCUCUCUGGCCGCUCACACACUGUAAUAUAGAAUGUCUCUCUGGCCGCUCACACACUGUAAUAUAGAAUGUCUCUCUGGCUGCUCACAUACUGUAAUAUAGAAUGUCUCUCUGGCCGCUCACACACUGUAAUAUAGAAUGUCUCUCUGGCUGCUCACACACUGUAAUAUAGAAUGUCUCUCUGGCUGCUCACACACUGUAAUAUAGAAAGUCUCUCUGGCCGCUCACACACUGUAAUAUAGAAUGUCUCUCUGGCCGCUCACACACUGUAAUAUAGAAUGUCUCUCUGGGUGCUCACACACUGUAAUAUAGAAUGUCUCUCUGGCUGCUCACACACUGUAAUAUAGAAUGUCUCUCUGGCUGCUCACACACUGUAAUAUAUAAAGAUUCUAAAGGGUACCAUACUCUGUAAUAUAUCGAGCUGCUCAGGGCCCCAGUAUGCCCACUCAAUAUGGCACGGAGCUGGUGUUACGUGGUGUGGUGCUCGUGCAUGUAUCCAGUGGUAAUAAUUGUGACAUUUAGCUUUAAGCUCCAACAUACAGAGAAUGCUGGUUUGUAAAAUAAAUCCUCCGUUCUCUGUAAUGUCCUUUUAGAUUACCAGCCCUGCGAUCCGCAGGUCAUUUGCAAUCGCGUAGACCAUGUGAAGAGCUGCCUGGAAAGUCUGUGCCAGCUGGCAGAGAAACGUCGCGGUGAGCUAGAGGAAUCACGUCGCCUCUGGUGCUUCCUGCAAGAGAUUGAGGAGGCUGAGGGCUGGAUCCGGGAGAGAGAACAGAUCCUGACUGCAACACAAAGUUACGGAAAGGAUCUGAGCAGCGUAAUGCGCCUUCUUAGCAAACACAAGAUUCUGGUGGGGGAGAUCAAGGGGAGAAACGCCAUGUUACUGCAGACCCUCCAGAAGGGGGAGCAGGUGAGACUUGCUUUAAGUUGUUGAUACAGUUUUGUUUUGUAAUUUCUGGAAUAAAAAUCAUGAAUGCUGAAUUAUACCUUUUUAGCCCAAGGAGAGACUGACCCUUAAACAUGUCACUGUCAUUAGUACACUGUGACCGUGGGAGGGACUGACCCUUAAACAUGUCACUGUCAUUAGUACACUGUGACCGUGGGAGAGACGGACCAUUAAACAUGUCACUGUCAUUAGUACGCUGUGACCCUGGGAGGGACUGACCAUUAAACAUGUCACUGUCAUUAGUAUACUGUGACCCUGGGAGGGAUUGACCAUUAAACAUGUCACUGUCAUUAGUACACUGUGACCCUGGGAGGGACUGACCAUUAAACACACAAUUACCACAGCCUGACCUUAGGAGGUAUUAUAUUUUUAAAAUUGAAUUUUAUGGUUUAUUGAUAUUGAAAGAAGAGAUGAGACAUCUGAACAUAUCCUUUCUGGUAAAAAAUCUUUAAAAAAAAAACUGUUUUCUCAAAGGUUCUAAAAAAGAGAAGAAAAGGGAUGUCCGGUCUUCGCCAACGAAUGGAAGUGGUGAGACGCCAGUGGGAAAAUCUGGAGAAAGCAUCCAAUCUUCACCAGCAGAAGCUCCAUGAAGCCUCCACCUUCCACCAGUUUAAUGCAGAUAACGCAGAGCUGGCAGGCUGGUUGCAGGACACCUACCGGCUCAUUUCCAGUGAUGACUUUGGACACGAUGAGUACUCUACCCAAUCCUUGGUCAAAAAACAUCGGGAGGCCACAGAAGAAAUAGAGAAGCACCAAUCUGCUGUAAUGGGCUUGAGGAAGCAGCUGUCUGAGUUGGGUGUUGAGUAUAGAGACCAGGUGGAUGUACAGAUUUGCAUUGUGGAGGUGGAGCAGCUCUAUGGAGAGGUGGUGGAAGUGUCUUCGCUGCGUAGUCAGUGGCUUCAGGAUGCUCUCGAUGUGUACAAAAUGUUUGGUGAAGUGAACUCAUGUGAGGUGUGGAUUGAUGAAAAGGAGCAGUGGUUGAUGAAGAUGGAUAUCCCGCAGCGGCUGGAAGAUGUGGAGGUUGUACAGCACAGGUGAGAAGGUGUUUGAAGAACUUGAAAAAAAAUGAGAUAAACGUUAAAAUUACGAUAAAAAAACCUUGGAAAAUAAAUGACGUAAACUUCAAAAUUAUCUCUUACCAAUCUCUCCAUCAAAUUAAAAGGACACUCUGGGCACCAUAACCACUACAUCAAGCAGACGGCUUGCAGACAAUGAAUACUGUUUAAACCUGGAAUGGUAAUGCGGAAGAAUUAACUUCCUCUUUAUCAGACCAACUCAGACUAGAAAGCCUACGUGUGCCCAACACAUAGGAGUCCAGCCAUUUAUAAAUGGUUGACAGAUUAUCAGCGGACAGCACCUAGGAACUCCUGGCUGGCACCAUAACAACUGUAUGUCAGAGUAAUAGUUAUGGUGACAACUGCAUGUACAUUGUGUCACACUUUAAGAUGUAGACUUUUCUGUGUUCAUCCACAAACAUUUCUUAUUGCUGGGAUUUUAGAAAGGUUCUAUUUUCACAUUUUUAGGUAAACUAGAAAAAUGGUCAGAAUUGUGGCAACUGACAUUUAAUGUGGAUAAGUGCAAGAUAAUGCAUCUUGGACGUAAAAACCCAAGGGCAGAGUACAGAAUAUUUGAUAGAGUCCUAACCUCAACAUAUGAAUAAAGGGAUUUAGGGGUGAUUAUUUCUGAUGACUUAAAGGUAGGCAGACAAUGUAAUAGAGCAGCAGGAAAUGCUAGCAGAAUGCUUGGUUGUAUAGGGAGAGGUAUUAGCAGUAGAAAGAGGGAAGUGCUCAUGCCAUUGUACAGAACACUGGUGAGACCUCACUUGGAGUAAUGUACACAGUACUGGAGACCGUAUCUUCAGAAGGAUAUUGAUACCUUAGAGAGGUUCAGAGAAGGGCUACUAAACUAGUUCAUGGAUUGUGGGAUAAAACUUACCAGGAAAGGUUAAAGGAUCUUAACAUGUAUAGCUUGGAGGAAAGACGAGACAGGGGGGAUAUGAUAGAAACAUUUAAAUACAUAAAGGGAAUCAACACAGUAAAGGAGGAGACUAUAUUUAAAAGAAGAAAAACUAUCACAACAAGAGGACAUAUUCUUAAAUUAGCGGGACAAAGGUUUAAAAAUAAUAUCAGGAAGUAUUACUUUACUGAGAGGGUAGUGGAUGCAUGGAAUAGCCUUCCAGCUGAAGUGGUAGAGGUUAACACAGUGAAGGAGUUUAAGCAUGCGUGGGAUAGGUAUAAGGCUAUCCUAACUAUAAGAUAAGGCCAGGGACUAAUGAAAGUAUUUAGAAAAUUGGGCAGACUAGAUGGGCCGAAUGGUUCUUAUCUGCCGUCACAUUCUAUGUUUCUAUGUUUCUAUUUUUCAUGGUGAAAUGAUAAUAUUUGUAGGAUUUUACGUACUAGCUGUAAUCCGGUGACUAGUCAGUAGUUUCAGUUUAACCCCUUAAGGACACAUGACGUGUGUGACAUGUCAUGAUUCCCUUUUAUUCCAGAAGUUUGGUCCUUGAGGGGUUAAACUACGAAAACAAUGAACAGAAGUGUUGCUACAUAGCCUAAAAUUAUAUAGCUGCAAUUUAUAUUCCCUGAAAACAUUCAUCUUGAGUUUUAAAAUAUUAUUAAGUAUAAAAUAUUGCUGCAAAAAUAAUAGCACAGGGUCCAACAAUAUGAAUGUUAUUAGAUUUAAUGAUAUUAAUGUUUAGAUUUAAUGGUUGAUGCGUCUCUCACCAUUAGCGCUGCUUAUUCACCAGCAGUAACGAGUAUCUGUGUCUUAUAACUGUAGGUUUGAGAGUUUGGAUCAGGAAAUGAACAGCCUGAUGGGACGAGUCCUGGAUGUUAAUCAGAUUGUGCAGCAGCUCCUAGAAGCAGGGCACCCCAGCUCAUCCGAAGUCAGCGCUUGCCAGGACCACCUGAACAGCAGGUAAGUGCUUGCAGAGAGAUCUGUGGGUGGAGUUACCAGCAUUCUGUCCCAUGGAAUUUCUCGACUCAGGACUUAAAGAUUAAACUUAAGCAGUGAGUGCAGUUAUAGAGGGAUAACUAAAUGUGAAUGCUGCUCUCCAUAAAUGGUAGUAAAUUGUAUUACAAGUAUAGUGCAGUGAACACUUACCAAACAUAUUCUAAGUACCAAACUUUAGCUACAUUGAAAUAUGUCUGCAUGAUAGUUUUUAUUUUCCUAGAGUUAAUUGUUUAUAUUAUCUAAAGGCCUUCAUGUAACUUUUUUUAAUAAAAGCUUAGUUUUAGUGUAUAUUUUUAAUUAAUGUGGGUCCUGUGGUAGAUAUGAAAUUUCAGCCCUUUGUUUUCUGGCAGGUGGAACCGGAUUGUGGAACUGGUGGAGCAGAGGAAAGACCAGCUCAAUUCUGUUCUACGUCUGCAAAACUACUUUCUGGAAUGCAACGAGGUAAAAUCCCAAAUUCGAGAGAAGAGGAAAGCAAUGGAAACCACGCAAUGUGGACCUGGAGAACUGGGUGGCGUGUUGUCCCUCCAGAGAAAAUUGUCCAACAUGGAAGCAGCCCUUUUGGCCAUAGAACCCAAGUUAAUCCAGCUUCAGCAAGAUGCAGAAGCCCUUGCCACUUGCCAUCCCACGCAGGCCAUGGAAGUACUGGUCCACUUUGAAGAAAUCAGCGGUGAAUGGGAAGCUUUGAAGAGGACCCUCCAAGGAUGUGAGGAUUCCUUGACCGUGGCCAGCAAGUUGCAGCAGUUCAUACAGGACUUGGACAACUUUCUGACUUGGCUGGUCAAGACUCAGACGGCAGUGGCUACAGAAGAGUUGCCAUCCAAUCUGGUUGAAGCUGAGAGGCUCCUUGGCCUUCAUGGGGCCCUGAAAGAAGAGAUCAACCGCUACGAGGAGGACUAUAACAAGAUUCAGGCAGUCAGUGACCUUCUGAGUUUGGAGGAGGCUGACCUCCCUUACUUGUCACUUCAGCAGUGGUUACAGAAGUUGGAAGUUGGGUGGAACAAACUUCUGCAGAUGUGGGAGAAUCGACGAGAAGUCCUUGUACAGUCUCAUAUUUUCCACUUGUUUCUGAGGGAUGUUAAGCAAGCUGAGGCGUGUCUGAAUAACCAGGUGAGUGAUGGGUGAGACAUCUUUUUAAAAAAAAUAAAAAAAUAAUGUUUUUUUAAGUUGGAAUAAUUGAACCACAAAGUGCACAUUAGUAAAGACACCCAAGUAUUUAAAGGAACACUAUAGUCACCUAAAUUACUUUAGCUAAAUAAAACAGUUUAAGUGUAUUGAUCAUUCCCCUGCAAUUUCACUGCUCGAUUCACUGUCAUUUAGGAGUUAAAUCACUUUGUUUCUGUUUAUGCAGCCCUAGCCACACCUCCCCUGGCUAUGAUUGACAGAGCCUGCAUGAAAAAAAAAACUGGUAUCACUUUCAAAGAGAUGUAAUUUACCUUAAAUAAUUGUAUCUCAAUCUGAACUUUAAUCACAUAUAGGAGGCUCUUGCAGGAUCUAGCAAGCUAUUAACAUAGCAGGGGAUAAGAAAAUCUUAAUUAAAGGACCACUCUAGGCACCCAGACCACUUCAGCUUAAUGAAACAUCGUGGUCUGGGUGCCAGGUCCUUCUAGGGUUAACCCAUUUUUUUCAUAAACAUAGCAGUUUCAGAGAAACUGCUAUGUUUAUGAAUGGGUUAAGCCUUCCCCUAUUUCCUCUAGUGGCUGUCUCAUUGACAGCCGCUAGAGGCGCUUGCAUGCUUCUCACUGUGAUUUUCACAGUGAGAGCGUCAGCGUCCUUAGGAAGCAGUGGCUGGCGGCUGAAUGCGGCGGCGCGGCAACGCAGCGGCGUGCGCAUUCAGCCCGGCGAAAAGGAAGGAAGAAGGGAGGAUGGGAGGGAGGAAGCUCCCGCCCAGCACUGGAAAAAGGUAAGUUUUACCUUUUCCCUUUCCAGAGCGAGGCGGGAGGAGGGGGUCCCUGAGGGUGGGGGCACCCUCAGGGGCACUACUGAAUGCCAGGAAAAGCAGUAUGUUUUUCCUGGCACUGUAAAAUGUCACUAAACAGAACUUACAAUAAAGAAAGCCUAAAUAGGGCUCUCUUUACAUGAAGUGUUUAUGGAAGGCUGUGCAAGUCACAUGCAGGGAGGUGUGACUAGGGUUCAUAAACAAAGAGAUUUAACUCCUAAAUGGCAGAGGAUUGAGCAGUGAGGCUGCAGGGGCAUGCUCUAUACACCAAAACUGCUUCAUUAAGCUAAAGUUGUUCAGGUGACUAUAGUGUCCCUUUAAUAAACAUGUAUCAUGUGUGUGAAUGGCAGAGGAAUGGACACUUACAGCCAAAACUUUCCUUGUAUUACUGUGGCAGGGAGGAAUGAAAUAAGGGAGCGGCAUUGUCCGGUAAAAGGGAACCAACAUCAGGGCUAAAUUGAUGGAAAACUGUUGAACCCUUGAUGAUAAGAGGGCUCCUUAGGAGACGUUGUUACAGUGGUGGGCAGUGUUCCUUUAACUACUGGUUCUCACAGUCUCUCACUAUGUCUGCCUCUACGUCGUUUCGAUCUCCGUUUGUCUAAAUAGAAACAAAUUAUGUGCAAGACAAUAUAAAUGUAGUGAACUUUUCCCUCCUGUCUCUAGGAAUCCACGCUGGCUCAUGUUGAGUUGCCGAAUACUGUGGACAGUGUGGAGGUGGCGAUAAAGAAACAUCGCGAUUUCUUGACCACGAUGGAACUGAAUGCCCAGAAAGUUAUCACAGCAGUGGAUGCUGGAGAGAGUUUAAUACGACUUGGAAAUGUUUUUGCUGAUCGCGUUCAGGAGCGUAUUAGCGCCAUACAAAAAAGGUGAGUCUGUCUGGGUUUUUAAUCCAGUAACUAUUAUUAGUAACUAGCUACCAGUUCAGAUAUUAUUUAAAGGGUGGUAUAUAGAUCUAAUGUCAGCAUCUGUGUAUACAAAGCAAAAAGUCCGUAGUAAGGAUAAUACAUAUACACUUUAUAGGAUCUGCGGUGACUUGUGUGUGUUGAUGUCUGUUGGCUCGGAAGGAUUAUACUCUGGGGUCCAGUCAAGCUGUUGUAAUGAAUUUAUAGAGAAAGCAUGUAGAUUGUAAGUUUAAUGUCAGUGGUUUAUGCUAGUGACGUGUUGUUAGCAGUUAUUAACGCACACAGUGACGCUGACAUUUCCCCAUCUUGUCUCCCAGGAGCCAGCGAAACAUGGCGCUCGCCCACAAAUGGCUGCAGAGACUGAAAGAUCAUCUCGAGCUUCAAUGCUUCCUGCAAGACUGCAACGAGGUAAAGGGGUAACUGCGAGGGAGGUGCCCAAUGUCGCUGACGGUAUUCAUUGUGGAUAAAAUAUAGAGGAAAAUUAUAAGUUUUAGCCCAAAAUACAAAAAACAGAAGCAAUUUUUUGUAGUUCAGGUAUUUUUACAGCUUUGGUUAUUAAAGGGCCAGUCUAACCUGGAAAUAGCUAAUGCUCGCUAUUGGGAUCCUGUACAUGAUUUGGGUUUUAUAACCGGUUAUUAAAGGGCCAGUCUAACCUGGAAAUAGCUAACGCUCGCUAUUGGGAUCCUGUACAUGAUUUGGAUUUUAUAACCGGUUAUUAAAGGGCCAGUCCAGCAUGGAAACAGGUAAAGCAAGCUAUGGGGAUCCUGUACAUGAUUUGGGUUUUAUAACCGGUUAUUAAAGGGCCAGUCUAGCAUGGAAACAGUUAAAGUGAGCUAUGGGGAUCCUGUACAUGAUUUGGAUUUUAUAACCGGUUAUUAAAGGGCCAGUCCAGCAUGGAAACAGUUAAAGCGAGCUAUGGGGAUCCUGUACAUGAUUUGGAUUUUAUAACCGGUUAUUAAAGGGCCAGUCCAGCAUGGAAACAGGUAAAGCAAGCUAUGGGGAUCCUGUACAUGAUUUGGGUUUUAUAACAGGUUAUUAAAGGGCCAGUCUAACCUGGAAACAGUUAAAGCAAGCUAUGGGGAUCCUGUACACGAUUUGGGUUUUAUAACCGGUUAUUAAAGGGCCAGUCUAGCAUGGAAACAGUUAAAGUGAGCUAUGGGGAUCCUGUACAUGAUUUGGAUUUUAUAACCGGUUAUUAAAGGGCCAGUCCAGCAUGGAAACAGGUAAAGCAAGCUAUGGGGAUCCUGUACUUGAUUUGGGUUUUUAAAGGGCCAGUCUAGCAUGGAAACCGUUAAAGCAAGCUAUGGGGAUCCUGUCCAUGAUUUGGGUUUUAUAACCGGUUAUUAAAGGGCCAGUCCAGCAUGGAAACAGUUAAAGCAAGCUAUUGGGAUCCUGUCCAUGAUUUGGGUUUUAUAACCGGUUAUUAAAGGGCCAGUCCAGCAUGGAAACAGUUAAAGCAAGCUAUGGGGAUCCUGUACAUGAUUUGGGUUUUAUAACCUGUUAUUAAAGGGCCAGUCCAGCAUGGAAACAGUUAAAGCAAGCUAUUGGGAUCCUGUACACCAUUUAGGUUUUAUAACCGGUUAUUAAAGGGCCAGUCUAGCAUGGAAACAGUUAAAGCAAGCUAUGGGGAUCCUGUACACGAUUUGGGUUUUAUAACCGGUUAUUAAAGGGCCAGUCCAGCAUGGAAACAGUUAAAGCGAGCUAUGGGGAUCCUGUACAUGAUUUGGAUUUUAUAACCGGUUAUUAAAGGCCAGUCCAGCAUGGAAACAGGUAAAGCAAGCUAUGGGGAUCCUGUAAACAAUUUGGAUUUUAUAACCGGUUAUUAAAGGGCCAGUCUAGCAUGGAAACAGGUAAAGCAAGCUAUGAGGAUCCUGUACACGAUUUGGGUUUUAUAACCGGUUAUUAAAGGGCCAGUCUAGCAUGGAAACAGUUAAAGCAAGCUAUGGGGAUCCUGUACACGAUUUGGGUUUUAUAACCGGUUAUUAAAGGGCCAGUCUAGCAUGGAAACAGUUAAAGCAAGCUAUGGGGAUCCUGUACAUGAUUUGGGUUUUAUAACCGGUUAUUAAAGGGCCAGUCCAGCAUGGAAACAGUUAAAGCGAGCUAUGGGAAUCCUGUACUUGAUUUGGGUUUUUAAAGGGCCAGUCUAGCAUGGAAACCGUUAAAGCAAGCUAUGGGGAUCCUGUCCAUGAUUUGGGUUUUAUAACAGGUUAUUAAAAGGCCUAUAUUUCCCUUUGAAUGUGUCCAUGGUUUUUCAGGCUCUUUGCUAGUAGCGACAUUUUUAGAUCCAUGUCAUACUGUCAUUGUGAGUCUCUGCCAGCUGAUAACACAAUCUGUUCCAUUCUUUGCGUCAGACUGAUGUACAUUUCGUUCCUGAGACUCAGAGAGCAAGAUUCAGGGAUUUACUGUGUGUUAAAAUGAGGCUUUCUGUGAAUAAAUGCUAUAAUCCUACUAUGUCACAAUGGAUAUUUAACAUGGGCAGCAUGCAAACAGUUUAUUAAAAAAAAAAUUCAGCUCUUGAAAAAGGCGGUUUUCUCGUCGAAACGCGUGUCGGGCUGCCGAUGCAUACUUUGCUUUUAGCUUAGACUGCGAUACCCUCUGACCUCAUACUCUGACUAGAUUAGCGGGGCUACCUUGUAGAAGCAGGUGGGUUUUGGUUUAGCUAGUUGGAAUAUACAAUAUCCAUCACUCUUUAGCUAUAUACAUGCUCUACCAUCUAGGGGGACUGCCUUGAAUAAGGGUGGCAUAUCCAGCACAGACAUUGAAUGGUUUAUUUUCGAGCCGUAUACAUGCUUUACCUUCAUCCACAAGUUACCAUUGUUGCUUAGAUAUAUUUCAAGUACUUUCCAUCCACAGGUGAGCUACCUUUAAGCAGAAUAAGCGGGGCGAGUCUAGACAUUCCCAGGGUGCACAUUGGGCUCCGCUUGUCCUACCCUCUGUAUGUUCUCUCCUUUUCCUCCCCCUAAUACUAGUCACCAUCUAUACCAUACGAGCUACCUAUAUGUGGAUUUGAUAAUAUGCAUACCUAUGAGAUAAGUAAGAUCGUGAUGCCUUUAGUUUAGUCUAAGGGUUCAUCUAGUACCACUCUGCAACUGACUCCUUAGUCCACUGUCUCCUACUUUAUUCGUCUAAGAUGUGGUUUAUCCAAUAUACAAUUUAUUCUGCUACUGUUGUAUCAAGCCUUUUGAUACAAAGUCAGUCUUAUAUUGAGUACAAUCUAUGGAUUUAUCCCUCGUCCUCUUAGAGUGUAAGCUCUUCACUUUCUGUCCCCGAAUUCAAUCUUUUUUUGCUGUAAUUAAUUAUUUGUCUUGUUUGGCCUGUUGUGCAGAGCUGCAGAAUAUUGUUGACUGGUGUGAGAGGGUUUUUGCAGCUCACUGUGUCUUUUUCACAUUUUUCUUUUACUUUACACAUAUCACUUAAUUUGUUUCAUAUUAUAUUUAUAUAUACUGUAUAUAAAAAUAAUGAUAGCAGGGGUCAAUGUUUCAGGAUUUUCUAGAAAUUCUCGCAAACAUAGUAAAUAUUCCUUCCUGCCAUGAAACUCCAUUUUAAUCAUGAUACAAUGAGAGGGGUACUACCGCACCCCAAUAUUGAGUAUUAGGGCAGUGGGUACCAUCUUUGUUCUCUAGGUCACUUGAAUCCCUCCCUCUGCUUUUAGGGAAAUUGUUGCUGAGUAACAUUGUCCUAUUUCCCCUGAGCGGAGCUGGUUCACCCUUUCAUUAAAUAAUUCUUUGUAUUUUGGAAUAUAAACCGCUCUCUUUAUAGCUGGAGGUCCCGGGGUCCAAACUGGUGUGCCGCUACCUACAGUGCAAGGUCCUCAAUACCCAGCACUGGGGAAUCGGAAACCCCGUCAGUCCAUGAACAUUUUUCUCCUUAGAUCUGGUCGUUCGUAAAUAAGGGUAGGCGAGUAAUGGUUACAGUAGAGUCACCGUGGGGGUGUGAAUAUAAAGCAGCUAUUCCGUGGGUGAAUAAGUGCAAGGAUUAGCGCGGUGGGCGUGUAGUAAACGUUUCCCAUUGUCUCCACGACACAAGUUGCGUUACACUCUUCCUCCUGAGUCACUGGUCGUACAUCCUUAACACGUCUAUCCGGGAAUACGUUGAAAUCUCUGAAUCUGCUGCUGUACUCUGCUUGGUACUAAUUGUGGUGGUUUCAAUGAAUGUUCCCGGAUUUGGGGUAAAAACAUUUAGUUUCUAACAAGGAUUUCUAUGUCAGUGUUUUACAAUUUCCAGCAGCCCAGAGUUCUCACAAUGUUUAAUUAAUUUGUAAUGUUUUUGAAUUAUUCUGAAUAGGAGUCUAUUCUUUACCUUGAUAUGAUAUCUCCAUGUAAGUGUUUGUCAUGGUUAAAUUUUCUAGUUAAUAGACACAUGGUGAGCGAUUCAAUAUACACAUCAGCUAUGUAGAUAAGUUAGAGCAGGACUGGCGCGUUUAUCUUGGUUUAUUCCUGGUGAAACCGGACAGACAGGAGAAUUGCGGUUUUUUUAUUCAGUUUAUGGUCGUUCAGUGAAUCUUUAAUUUUUUUUUCUCUUCAUUUUUUUAAAUUUAUUUCUCUCCUUUAGGGUUUAUUCAAAGAAUUUAAGAAAAUCAGGAUAAAAUUUCUAGGCUGUGACUUAUAGCUAAGAGUUUUUCCAAAUCAGUAAUUUUUGCCUAAAUGUUAAAAUUCUCGUUUAAGUUUACUGCAGUGUGUUAUUUAGCAAAUAAAUCCCUGUGUUUCAUUUUAUUUAUAUUUUUUGUAGUUUUGUAGAGGUCAAACGGCUAAUUCAGCCAAUGUCAAUCCAGCUUUUGUGGAGACAAAGAUUCAUUUUUAGUAUUUAGUUUGUCUUCGUUUUAUUGUAUUAAUGUCGCUUUGUAGCCCUCGUGUGGCAGAUACACUGCCCAGGUUUUGGCAGUCUGUGGCAUUGAGGGCACUGCCCUAGUGCAGGUCACAAUGCCCUCUUACACAAUGACUAAACAGGUAAAACAGUAAGUGGUAAUGUUAGAUUGGAAGCAUGUGAGGUUAUUCAUUGAAACCUGCUAUUGCUAAGAAUUGACAAUAAACUUACACAUUUUACCCCAAAACAUCUGGCUUGGAGAAAUUCCUAGUUCGGCUUCUGUAGUCUAACGUUUUCAGUUCCCUUGUUAAUUCACGCCACAUCUUGGUUUGGUAAAUAAACCAAUUUAAAGGAAUGCUCUAAUCUAAUCAUUUAGGCCCACAAUCAGGACUCUUACUCCUAAAUAGGGACAUUUGGAAGGUAUGAAGUGCUUUCUUCCUGUAGCCUUCCAUGGUGUCACAUUUGAAGAACAAGCCAAAAUUUUUUUAUUUUUUUUUUGUAGAUAGCACAUUGUCCCCGUGUCCAAAUCUGAACACUCCUUAUUCUGAUUUAAUCCCUUUGCAUUUUUCCAUCAUAAUCUCAUUAGACUCUGUUAUUGUUAAAAGCCAUGCUUACGUUUCCAAAGCUGACUUCUCCUUCUCUCGAGUAUUAGAAGAAGGGUCACAUUCUUUCCCCAAAUUCUGUUUUUGUGCUGUAUUUUAUUUGGAUCGUUCUGUUGUGUAAGUGUAGGAUGUUUGGUGGUCAGAAUCAAUAGUUAAGGUGAGGUCAAUCAACAUUCGGGUUACAUAUUACGAAUUGUGACAUAAAGGAGGAGAACUUGAACGCUGACAAUUAAUUAACAUUGUGACAUUAAGAAAGUAGAUCGAAUGGGUUAAAAGAAUCCCUACAGUGACAGAACUGCAAGGAGAAAGCGUGACAUAUUAAAGGAACGCUGACAUUACAAAUGCAUAUAUUUAUUUUUAACGUUUAAGUGUUGUUUAGAUUAUGAAUCCCCUUUUAAGAAAAAAAAAAAAACCAUUUAAAUAAUAUGCAAUCCAGUAACAUUGAAAACUUCUGGUCUAAUCGGAUACUUGUCAUAAAACAGCACAGAGUAUCCACAGUGCAUGUACGGCAGUCACCGUGCUGAAUGUGUGAUCACGGUGAAUGUGAAGGUGUCAAAGAGAAAGCGAUUCUGGUGGCAGUGUGAUAGCCAAACCCCUUUAGGACACAGCUUCAGGAGCUUGUCUUACGCUUAAUGACACAAGCAAUUUUUGCAUUUUCUUGCUGUUUGCGUUCAACAGCAAUUUGCAUCUCUCUCAUUUAUUGCACCGACACACAUUAUAUACUGUUUUUUUUUUAAAGGACAGAAAGGGCUUUAAUUUGAUAUAUAUAAAUAUAAAUGCUUAUUUAUUUUAAAAAAAAUACAGAAAAAUGCAAACAAAAUGAAAAAAAAUUUUUUAUUUUUUUUUUACAGUUUUUGCAAUAAUAAUGUGUGCAUAAUUAGUGCAGGUUAAAUAAAGUAAUUAAAAAUAAAUUAAUUUAGUUGUUCUGAUUUACAGAAUAUAUAAUGUGUCUGGGAUUUUAAGUUUUUUUGGGUAGUUUCAGGUCACAAAGCACAAGGAGUAAAAUAAACUUUUAAUGUGGAGCGAUCUUAGAAUUUGGUAUGUUUGUCUUGUAAGCUUAAUAGCCAUAAAAGAAAACAUAAUUGCCACACAAAAGUAUAUAUUUAUAUAAAGUAGACAUCACGGGCUAUUUACCUAAGGUUGUUUUGACACUUUCUACGUAGCCAUUUCACCGCCAACCUCUGCUAAAUAUUGGAGUAAAAUUCUGUUUAUUUUUGUUUUUGGCACACAAGCUUAUAACAAAGAAAUUCUCAUGUGUAUUUUGUAAAGUUGGUGUGUGCUAUUCCUGUACAAAGUUUUAUUUUGUGUUCAGUUACAUCUGCUGAGUAAAAUGACACCCCCAUUGUAUGUCUUUGGCACUAUUUCGUGAAGUUACAGUGCCAUACAGGAUACCUGUCCUUUUCAGUAUUCACAGUAGAAUUUUGAGAGACGGAUUUAAUGAGCCUUAGCUUCCAUUUUGGGGUAUUAUAACAGUUUGACUGUUCAAAAACCCCCACAAAGGCCUACCAUUUGUAAAAGUAGACACUCCAGGGUAUCUCAUAAGGUGCAUAUUGUGCCUUAACAUGCCCCCAUUUUUCCACCAAUAUAUGCCAAAGUAUGGGGUAAAAAAUAAUUUUGCGCAUUUUUUACAUACGGAUUGCAUUUUUGCUGGGCGUUUUGUAUAUUUCACAUGUGCCACUAAGUUCAAACCCCCCGAAUUACGCCCGGCUAAGUCUUCUGAGUAAAAGGACACCCCAUAUGAAUGUCUUUGGCACUAUUUCGUGAAGCUACAGUGCCAUAUAGGAGACCUGUCCAUUUCAGUAUUUACAGUACAAUUUUGAGAGAUGGAUUUAAUUGGCCUAUACUUCAAUUUGGGGCAUUAUUGCAGUUGGAAAGUUCAAAAUCCCCCACAAAGGCCCCCACAAAUUUCCUAAAGUAGACACCCCAGGGUAUUUCAAAAGGCAUAUUUUAAACCUUAGCGUAGGAUCAUUUUUUUGUUAGUUUGUACCAAGUCUAGUUACAAUUAGCAUUUUUUCUGCCUUUUUGACACACACUUGAAGAUGUUACUGUAUAUUUUGUAAUCCUUAUGUGUGCUAUGGCAGUAUAACACCUAAUAUGUUGCUCAGCUAUGUCCUCUUAGUGCAGCAAUACCCCCACGUGUACCUUUUUCAGGGUUAUGUGGAUGUUGAAGGGGCACCACUUUCAUAUUUUUCAAAAGUGGAUGCUGGGCCAAAGUGUUAUUUUAGCAGCUCAGGACAGGAAAUUACCUCUCAAAGACCACAUAUAUUUUUAAGUAUAAGCAGCUCAUCAAUUCAAAUAAUGAACAAGUGCAUACUAUUUGCUGUGAAAAGGGGGAUUAGUUGGCUUAAACUUAUCUGGGGGUAGUACCCAGUAAUCUGCAUCACGGGCAACGCUGUCACGGAUUCCAAAAUACAGACAGACUACAAAGAGAGAGAACACAGAGAGAGACACUUGUAAUACCGGUCCUUAGAAUGGCCGGGCUAUACAAGCUGAGAAUAGUCAAGGUACAAGCAGAGGUCAAAGGGGUAAAGAGAAACGGAACAACGAUAGGACAAGCCGAGGUCAAGGAUCAGAGAAGACAGGAUAAACGGGAGACAAAGCCAAGAUUUGGUAACCAGACAGUUGACUAAAAUCAACACCCCAAAACUGGUCUGCUUAUUCGGCCUGGGUGUGGAAAAUUUUAAAACAGUGGCCAAUACAUAGGCCGGGCUGAGAGGGGCAAUCAGGACAGUAAUAGCUGGUCUCAACUCUUACGCCCCUCUUGUAACACACCCUGCAUCUUUUCUGGGGGUUUUUCUUUCUGGAGGUUGAUGGAAUCUUGAAGCAGAAGUGACCUGCCUCCAUUCUUCUGCUAGGCUCCACUGAUUGUCCCCCUCUGUGGCACUCAAGUAACCCAGAAAUGAGCUGAAAUUGAAAUGAAAGGAAUGUGCAUUUCAGCUCAGCAUUUGCCUUUUUAAAAAUAAUAAAGGCAUUGUGGACUGCCGUCUGCAUUAUAUAUAUGCCCACUUUUUUAUACCAUGCCCUGGUUUUCCGCAUGAUUAAAUACGGCUGCAUUAGUUGAUCGGACAGGUCAACUCCCCCCAUAUGCCGAUUAUAUUGCUGUAUGCAGACUGGCACCUGUUUACAUUGCUCUCUGCCACGAACUGCGACCCUGCGAGUGUUUUCACCAUGGAUGGUAGUUAGGAUGAAAACCUCCUUUUUAUCGCGGUACUUGAGUGCCAGCAGUUCAUUCUGGCAGAGAGCUGCUGUUUCCCCCUCUUUUAAUUUUUUUUCCACUAGAGCCUUUGGGAAACCUGUGCGACUCUUCCUGAUAGUGCCGCAGGCCACGGUCUCAAAACAGUACAGCAUUUGUAAGAGUGGGAUGCUGUUAUAAAAGUUAUCGAUGUAUAAGUGAUAACCGUAGUUAAGUAAGGGCAUUAUUAAGUCCCAGACAAUUUUCCCACUUGUCCCUAUUAUAUCUGGGCAACCUGGGGGAUCAAGGUGGCUAUCCCUUCCUUCGUAUACACGGAAGGUGUACACAUAGCCACUGCCACUUUCACAUAAUUUAUAAAAUUUGAUCCCAUACCGGGAUCUUUUGGAUGGGACGUACUGUCUAAAUCCCAGUCUUAUAUUUCAGGAGGGACUCGUCAAUUGAAAUUUGUUUUUUGGGGAUGUAAAUAGUGGCAAAUUUUUCAUUAAAGUGGGAAAUUAGAGGGCGUAUUUUAUAAAGAAUGUCAUACUGCGGAUGACCUUUUGGGGGGCACUUCAUAUUGUCAUUAAAGUGCAUAAAACACAGUAUGUCCUCAUAUCUCUCCCUAUGCAUUGUCUGGGAAAAAAAUGGGGUUAUUAAAAAUAGGAUUUUUAGUCCAAUACAUCCUAAUUGUGGGCUUUUUAACUAUGCCCAUUAACAUUGUCAGUGCCCAGAAUUGUUUAAUUUCUGGCACACUGGUUGGGUACCAUCUCUCUGUCCUGGCGAUUCGGGAGUCUUGGUUGUGUGCAAGAUAUUGCUCCGCCCCAAAAAAAUACCUCCCCAAAAAAUAGCUCCAUACAAUCCAGCGCAUUAUAGCCAGACAGGUCAGCCUGUAUGCCAGGAUUGGCAGUGAACUCUGGGAUGUCUGGAGAAAAAUGAUUAGGGGGUACCCAGUCAUCUGCGCCAUGUUGAACAUUAGAUUUCCCCUGAUGUUCCUGCAGUAUCUGGCACAUAGUCCCUGUCCCCUGCGUCACUCACUGAGGCAGUGUCGGUCGCCUCUGAGUCGGUUGCUAACAUGGCAUAAGCCUCCCCUGCGCUAUACUUUCGAAACAUUGUUAGUACAGUUAACACAGCUAAGAAAACUUAAACUAAAUAACUAAACUUUUUUUUUUCUUUGUAACCCCUAACUAAAUCACAAAUUAAUAAAAUAAUAAAAUUGAACCCCUUAGGGUUACAAAAAAAAUAGCUGCUAGCAGUGAUCAAGCAGCAGGGAAAGGGUUAUUUUUUUUUUUAAAUAAAGGGGAAAGGGAUUAGGAACCUUUAAUAGAUAUUCACUAUUCUUCUGGGACACAAUGUUGCAACGAUCCGUCUCUCUCCACUUCACAAACCCACAACAGGCGGAGGGAGGCGGAUCCGAUAUCCCAGCAGUAUUGUGACCGCUGUGACUGGCUGUAACAGCGAUCACAUGUGCUGGGACAUCGCAAUUUGCUGUUGCUGGUCUGCCCCGAUCGCGGGGUUAAUUUUACCGCGUGACGGACAAGGUCACCGGUCCUGAAGGGGUUAAACAUCGCUGAUAUUAAAAGGACACUAUAGUCACCAAAACAACUUUAGCCUAAUGAAGCAGUUUUGGUGUAUAGAUCAUGCAACUGCAGUCUCACUGCUCAAUACUCUGCCAUUUAGGAGUUAAAUCACUUUGUUUAUACAGCCCUAGCCACACCUCCCUGCAUGUGACUUACACAGCCUUCUUAAACACUUCCUGCAAAGAGUGAUCUGAUGUUUAAACUUCCUUAACUGCAAAUUCUGUUUAAUUUAGUCUCGAGCACUGUUAAUAGCUUUUUAGACCUUUCUGGAGGCUCCUUUAUGUGAUUAAAGUUCACUUUACAGAGCAAUAAAACAAGCUGUAAUAAUACACAGAGCUGUAAUAAUAAAACAAGCUGUAAUAAUACACAGAGCUGUAAUGGUAAAACAAGCUGUAAUAAUACACAGAGCUGUAAUGAUAAAACCAGCUGUAAUAAUACACAGAGCUGUAAUGAUAAAAAAGCUGUAAUAAUACACAGAGCUGUAAUAAUACACUGAGCUGUAAUAGUAAAACAAGCUGUAAUAAUAAAACAAGCUCUAAUAAUACAUAGAGCUAUAAUACUCAAACAAGCUGUAAUAAUACACAGAGCUGUAAUAAUAAAACAAGCUGUAAUAAUGCACAGAGCUGUAAUAAUAAAACAAGCUGUAAUAGACUGAGAUAGGAUAGGUAGGGGAGGGAGGCCGAGAUAGGAUAGAUAGGGGAGGGAGGCCGAGAUAGGAUAGAUAGGGGAGGGAGGCCGAGAUAGGAUAGAUAGGGGAGGGAGGCUGAGAUCGGAUAGAUAAGGGGAGGGAGGCCGAGAUAGGAUAGAUAAGGGGAGGGAGGCCGAGAUAGGAUAGAUAAGGGGAGGAAGGCCGAGAUAGGAUAGAUAAGGGGAGGGAGGCCGAGAUAGAAUAGAUAAGGGAAGGGAGGCCGAGAUCGGAUAGAUAAGGGGAGGGAGGCCGAGAUAGGAUAGAUAAGGGAAGGGAGGCCGAGAUCGGAUUGAUAGAGGGAGGAGAGUGAGAGGAGGGAUAGAGAGAUGUAGUGAUAGAGGGAGGAGAGUCAGAGGAGGGAUGAAGCGAUGUAUUGAUAGAGGGAGGAGAGUCAGAGGAGGGAUAGAGAGAUGUAUUGAUAGAGGGAGGAGAGUCAGAGGAGGGAUAGAGAGAUGUAUUGAUAGAGGGAGGAGAGUCAGAGGAGGGAUAGAGAGAUGUAUUGAUAGAGUGAGGAGAUUGAGAGGAGGGAUAGAGAGAUGUAUUGUUAGAGGGCGGAGAGUGAGAGGAGGGAUAGAGAGAUGUAUUGAUAGAGGGAGGAGAGUGAGAGGAGGGAUAGAGAGAUGUAUUGAUAGAGGGAGGAGAGUGAGAGGAGGGAUAGAGAGAUGUAUUGAUAGAGGGAGGAGAGUGAGAGAGUGAUAGAGAUGAUGUAGAGAUGGAGGAGAGUCAGAGGAGGGAUGAGAUGCAUUGAUAGAGGGAGGAGAAUCAGGAGGGAUAGAGAGAUGUAUUGAUAGAGGGAGGAGAGUGAGAGGAGGGAUAGAGAGAUGUAUUGAUAGAGGGAGGAGAGUGAGAGGAGGGAUAGAGAGAUGUAUUGAUAGAGGGAGGAGAGUGAGAGGAGGGAUAGAGAGAUGUAUUGAUAGAGGGAGGAGAGUGAGAGGAGUGAUAGAGAGAUGUAUUGAUAGAUGGAGGAGAGUCAGAGGAGGGAUGAAGCGAUGUAUUGAUAGAGGGAGGAGAAUCAGAGGAGGGAUAGAGAGAUGUAUUGAUAGAGGGAGGAGAGUGAGAGGAGGGAGGAGGGGGAGAUGACGCAGAGCUUGCUGGAUCCUCCCCCACUCUCCCCAUUCACUGCAGUGGGAUAAUUCGUCUGUCCCAUCGUAUCUGUGCAUUGGUGGGAGAAUGCCUUCAGCCAGCGACCAUGUGUCAGUAUAGCAGGGACUCCCAGCGUUGUGCCCCCACUAGCCCAGGGGCCUGCUGUGCAUAGGAGCCAUCCCUCCCCUGGCAGGCGAUACAGGAGCUCACUGCAGCAAACAGCAUCACACAGCACACUGCACACUGCCAGCACCUGCAGCAGGACUGCCAGGCACUGACACAUCCAUUACUGGGGGUCCCUCGCUGCUGCUUGUUUUCAUUCCUUUCUUCUGCAUCCCUCUCUCCUCCCUCCCGCUGUCUGUUACAUCCCUCUCUCCAUCCCUUCUCCAACUCAUCCUUUCCUUCUCUCUCCAUACCUUCUCCAAUUCAUCCUUCCCUUCUCUCUCUCCAUCUCUUUAUCUAACUCAUCCUUUCCUUCUCUCUCUCUCCAUCUCUUUCUCCAAUUCAUCCUUUCCUUCUCUCUCUCCAAUUCAUCCUUUCCUUCUCUCUCUCCAUCCCUUCCCCAACUCAUCCUUUCCUUCACUCCGUCUUUCACUUUUCUUUCCUUCUUUCAUUCUCACGCUCGCCUCAUACGACGUACCACUAUCACGGCUUGCUUUAUUAAUAACACCCUAAUGUCAGGAUGAUUAGGGGUGCUCGACCCCUGCCACCCACACCCCCAGAUUCACCCCAGUUACCCUUACCCAGGCCUCACCAACCCCUAACAAUGGGUACCUCUUACCUGAACCUGAUCUCUAAUACCCUUUCCAGCUGGACGCAUGGAUCAGCGAGAAGACGCUAAUGGCGAGGGACACCUCUCGAGACCUGGCGCAAAGACCGCACAAAAAAUGGCUGAAGCACCAGGCAUUCAUGGCGGAGCUCUCCCAGAACAAGGGCUGGCUGGAGAAGAUUGAGAAGGUGAGAUUAAAAAAAUAUAUUUUAUAAUUAUUAGAAUUGGUUAUAAUUCAGCAAGUUGUGAGGAGCUUGUCUGCAAAGCUUGCAAUCUAGGGGACCAUGUGAAAUGGGAAAAUUGGCACAGAGAACCAUAAUAAAGGGAUUACCCACAAUGCUUUGUGCAGGGAUUUAAAGAUGGCUGUGUGUACGUGUCACCUGUUGCAUGACUGAUGCAGGUAGUUAUAACUUUCAGUGGAAAAAUAGAAUGUCUUCAUGCUUGCUUCCUACGGCCGCAGACUUUAGGGUUUAUUAAUUAUACAGUGACGUCCGAACCCUUAGCACUUUCCAGAAAAAAUAACCUAAUUCAGAAAUGAUUUGUGCAUAUCUGCUAUUUAGUAAAAUGUUCAAAUUGGUUGUAAUCCAAACAUAAGUCACUGUUUAUUGAAUAGAGAUCUUCUUGUCUCCAGCAGGAAUCUGUUCUUCCCUACUAUUUAUCAGCUGGGUUUUCCAGCUCUGACCCUCCAGUGUGUGAAUAAUACAUUCAUUAGUACUGUACAGUCCAAAUGUUCCCCAAAAUGCUUCCAUAUAGAGGCAGAUGUUGGCACUGCUCAAAUUAGCAAGGGAUUCUGGGAAGCCUAGUGCCAACAUCUGCUGGGGUGCCAAGCUCACCUGCCCUACUUGCCGUAAGUAUUUUGGGGAACAGGUAGGCGUAUGCUAUGUACUAUUAUUGAAUGCUUUUAAUAAAGUACAAGCCGGAUCCACAUUGAUCAGUGAUCCCUGAUUUCAUUAUUUGCAGAGAUGCGUUGAUCCCCAGUACAUUUAUAGCAGAAAUGACUAAUCGUAGAACUCUAUAUGGACUGCAUCCCUCAUAAAUCACAUGCAGCCUUUCAUUGUGCUAGAGAUUGUGGGCAUUUUUCACUGCCAUGGUAUGCUAUCUCCGAAUUAUAGGAUGAACUCAUUCUUUGUAUGUGGGCUGGCUGCCCCUUCAUAUAAGUAGGAUACAUCCCUUCAGUAGAUGCCGAUAGGUGAAAUAUGCCACGAAUAUUGCCAACAAAGAGCCACGUUUGCCAUAUCGAUAGGUUUAUAAUUGGAAUAUUUCUGUAACUCUACACCAACGUGUUACAGCUGAGUUGGUCACCUAUGCAUAGUUCCAGUACCAUGUGUGAUCGGUCCUGGGGUUAUUCAAUAAAAUGGGUGGUGUGGGAAUCGACCAUGGGAAUUGUUAAUAAUAGAACAAAUUAGCUGAACUCGAAAACCUCUCCAGCUUGGCUACUUUGGCAUCAGAUCUGGAAUUCCCUGGCCCAUUCUCGGAAUCCCCUGUUUUGUGCCCAUUAUAUGCUGGUUGGAACAGAGGGGAGGCUGUGAAGAUAAUGGGUCCAAUUUUGCUCUAGAAAACCUCAUCAAACAAGCUUUUAUCUCGCUUUAAUUCAGUUCCUGAACUGCAGUUCUCAAUAUUGAAAAUGUUUAAAAAAAUAAACCGAGAAAUGAACGAUCUCUAUAUUUUGGCACAUCUAUUGAGCGGUAACAUGAUAUUCAGCAAUACGUUGCAGUGCUGACUUAGCUUCCACACUGCGUCCAGGCGUACAUACCUUCCACUCAGAUCCAACCUGCCUGCUUCAUGGGAGAUACUGCUACAAGGUCACCGAGCUGUUUAAUGCUUAGUUAGGACAAUAUUUACCAAGAAAACAUGGAGCAAAGUGAAAAUGGAUAGGGAUUGACUGAUCAUUUAUAAUAUUAUAAAUUACAACUAUUUAGUGGAUAUCGUCUGAAACUACUCUACGCUUGCCUUAUUAUAAUGGAAAAUCAACGAACCCCACCGCACUCCUGAUAAUAUGCAGGCAUACUCACUAAAACAUCAAAUUUAGGGGAAUUGAAUCCCGAGUUGUAAGGUUUAUGCUGAAACAGAAAAGCCGUGAGCUACAGAGUUAUACACUAAACGCAGGCUUCCCCAAACUCCGGCCCUCCAAUGUUGCUAAACUUCAACUCCCAUGAUUCUAGGAAUGAAAUAGGCUGAGAAUCAUGGGAGUUGUAGUUCAGCAACAUUGGAGGGCCGGAGUUUGGGGAAGCCUGCUCUAAAGUGUGACUUGUCCGUAACUCAAAGGGAAAUAAUCAAAGAGAAUUUUAAAUUGGAGCCCAAUAUUGCUGGACUGAAAACACAAAUCACUAUUUUGUUCGGAAAUUUAAAAUUCACUUUGAAUUAAUUAUUAGUGAUAAUUGGAAAAUUAUUCCAACCGAAUGCCUGUGGUGUUUCAAUUCACCAUCAUUCUCUGUUUAAUGAAAGGGUUAAAGAAUGGAAUGGACAGAUUCAGUCACUGGAGUGAGAAUUUCAAAGUCAAGAUGAAACUAGCCGAACAGGAAACAUUCUCUAAGUCAGCUCGGCUACUCUGGCCUUAAAUUUUAAAUUCUCUUUGAGAAUAAGAAUUGACGAUUUCAGGAAAACCAGACAAGUUGGAAAAUUAACUUAUUUGGAGCACAUUACCAGUUUAAGCUUUUUGUCUAAAUUUCCCAAUUCACAGGUUUUUUUGUUUUUUUAAAACAAACUGUGGAUUCUGUUCCGGAACCAUUUCACAGCUUCUCUCUGUGUCCGUUUGCUAUUGUUUUGUAGAUGCCAAACUUUAAAUGUUAAAGAGCCCUGUGGUAUCACACCGCCAUAUUUACCUUUAAAACAAUAAAUAGGUGUGCGUUUGCAAGACCCUGUGACUGCUGAGCUGGCGAAUUCCCCUGGGGGGUAACAUAGAAUAAGGACCUACUUCUGUCACUAGUGAGGAUGUAUGGAACACGCCAUUCUCCACGAGUCCCCUAUAAACCCAGUUAGAUCCAGAUGGUCCUUCCUGUCUCUAUACGGAACGUGAUUUACCUGUCAGUAAGUAGGAUACAGUCUGCCCCUUGCUGCUUGUUCGUGUGGAUCUGGGGAAUAAAUUAUAUCCCAGCCAAGGAUAUCACAGACUGAGGAUAUAUCCAUCCAGCCAGGGAUAUCACAGACUGAGGAUAUAUCCAUCCAGCCAGGGAUAUCACAGACUGAGGAUAUAUCCAUCCAGCCAGGGAUAUCACAGACUGAGGAUAUAUCCAUCCAGCCAGGGAUAUCCCAGACUGAGGAUAUAUCCAUCCAGCCAGGGAUAUCACAGACUGAGGAUAUAUCAUCCAUCCAGCCAGGGAUAUCCCAGACUGAGGAUAUAUCCAUCCAGCCAGGGAUAUCACAGACUGAGGAUAUAUCCAUCCAGCCAGGGAUAUCACAGACUGAGGAUAUAUCCAUCCAGCCAGGGAUAUCACAGACUGGGGAUAUAUCAUCCAUCCAGCCAGGGAUAUCACAGACUGAGGAUAUAUCAUCCAUCCAACCAGAGAUAUCACAGACUGGGGACAGACUGGGGAUAUAUCAUCCAUCCAGCCAGGGAUAUCACAGACUGGGGAUAUAUCAUCCAUCCAGCCAGGGAUAUCACAGACUGGGGAUAUAUCAUCCAUCCAGCCAGGGAUAUCACAGACUGGGGAUAUAUCACCCAUCCAGCCAGGGAUAUCACAGACUGGGGAUAUAUCAUCCAUCCAUCCAGGAAUAUAUCACAGACUGAUAUAUCAUCCAUCCAUCCAGCCAGGGAUAUCACAUACUGGGGAUAUUUCAUCCAUCCAGCCAGGGAUAUCACAGACUGGGGAUAUAUCAUCCAUCCAUCCAGCCAGGGAUAUCACAGACUGGGGAUAUAUCAUCCAUCCAGCCAGCCAGGGAUAUCACAGACUGGGGAUAUAUCAUCCAUCCAUCCAGGGAUAUCACAGACUGGGGAUAUAUCAUCCAUCCAUCCAGGGAUAUCACAGACUGGGUAUAUAUCAUCCAUCCAUCCAGCCAGGGAUAUCACAGACUGGGUAUAUAUCAUCCAUCCAGCCAGCCAGGGAUAUCACUGACUGGGGAUAUAUCGUCCAUCCAGCCAGGGAUAUCACAGACUGGGGAUAUAUCAUCCAUCCAGCCAGGGAUAUCACAGACUGGAGAUAUAUAAUUUAUCCAGCCAGGGAUAUCACAGACUGGGGAUAUAUCAUCCAUCUAGGGAUAUCACCUGGGAACCUCACAUUACUGGGUAAACUAUAGACUGUAAAUUCGUUUGAGCAGGGUCCUCUUCAACCUAUCGUUCCUGUAAGUUUUCUUGUAAUUGUCCUAUCUAUAGUUAAAACCCCCCUCUCAUAAUAUUGUAAAGCGCUACGGAAUCUGUUGGCGCUAUAUAAAUGGCAAUAAUAAUAACUAGGCACCACAGUAUGGGAUAAACUGGAACCUUGCAUUAUGGGAUAAACUGGGAACCUCACAUUACUGGGAUAAACUGGGAACCUCACAUUAUGGGGUAAACUGGUAACCUCACAUUAUGGGAUAAACCAGGAAACUCGCAUUAUGGGGUAAACUGGUAACCUCACAUUAUGGGAUAAACCAGGAACCUCACAUUACUGGGAUAAACCAGGAACAUCGCAUUAUGGGAUAAACUGGGAACCUCAAAUUACUGGGAUAAACUGGGAACCUCACAUUACUGGGAUAAACUGGGAACCCCACAUUAUGGGAUAAACUGGGAACCUCACAUUAUGGGAUAACCUCACAUUACUGGGAUAAACCAGGAACAUCGCAUUAUGGGAUAAACUUGGAACCUCAAAUUACUGGGAUAAACUGGGAACCUCACAUUACUGGGAUAAACUGGGAACCCCACAUUAUGGGAUAAACUGGGAACCUCACAUUAUGGGAUAAACCAGGAACCUCACAUUACUGGGAUAAACCAGGAACAUCGCAUUAUGGGAUAAACUUGGAACCUCAAAUUACUGGGAUAAACUGGGAACCUCACAUUACUGGGAUAAACUGGGAACCCCACAUUAUGGGAUAAACUGGGAACCUCACAUUAUGGGAUAAACCAGGAAACUCGCAUUAUGGGGUAAACUGGUAACCUCACAUUAUGGGAUAAACCGGGAACCUCACAUUACUGGGAUAAACCAGGAAUAUCGCAUUAUGGGAUAAACUGGGAACCUCACAUUUCUGCGAACCUCAAAUUAUUGGAUAAACUGGGAACCUCAAAUUACUGGGAAAAACUGGGAACCUCACAUGAUGGGAUAAACCGGGAACCUCACAUUACUGGGACCGCCACAUUAUGGGAUAAACUGGGAACCUCACAUGAUGGGAUAAACUGGGAACCUCGCAUUAUGGGAUAAACUGGGAACCUCACAUUACUGGGACCUCCACAUUAUGGGAUAAACUGGAAACCUCACAUUAUGGGAUAAACCAGGAACCUCACAACCUCGCAUUAUGGGAUAAACUGGGAACCUCCCAUUAUGGGAUAAACCGGGAACCUCACAUUACUGGGAUAAACCGGGAACCUCACAUUACUGGGAUAAACCGGGAACCUCACAUUACUGGGAUAAACUGGGAACCCCACAUUAUGGGAUAAACUGGGAACCUCACAUUACUGGGAUAAACUGGGAACCUCACAUACUGGGAUAAACUGGGAACCUCACAUUAUGGGAUAAACUGGGAACCUCACAUUACUGGGAUAAACCAGGAACAUCGCAUUAUGGGAUAAACUGGGAACCUCACAUUACGGGAUAAACUGGGAACCUCACAUUAUGGGAUAAAUUGGGAACCUCGCAUUAUGGGAUAAACCAGGAACCUCAUAUUUCUGGAUAAACCAGGAACCUCACAUUAUGGGAUAAACCGGGAACCUCGCAUUAUGGGAUAAACUGGGAACCUCACAUUACUGGGAUAAACCAGGAACCUCGCAUUAUGGGAUAAACUGGGAACCUCACAUUACUGUGAUAAACCAGGAACCUCGCAUUAUGGGAUAAACUGGGAACCUCACAUUACGGGAUAAACUGUGAACCUCGCAUUACUGGGAUAAACAGGGAACCUCACAUGAUGGGAUAAACUGGGAACCUCACAUGAUGGGAUAAACCGGGAACCUCACAUUAUGGGAUAAACCUGGAACCACGCAUUAUGGGAUAAACCGGGAACCUCAAAUUAUGGGAUAAACCGGGAACCUCAAAUUAUGGGAUAAACUGGGAACCUUAAAUUAUGGGAUAAACUGGGAACCUCACAUUACUGGAUAAACUGGGAACCUCACAUUACUGGGAUAAACUGGGAACCUCACAUGAUGGGAUAAACUGGGAACCUCACAUGAUGGGAUAAACCGGGAACCUCACAUUACUGGAAACCUCACAUUAUGGGAUAAACCUGGAACCACGCAUUAUGGGAUAAACCGGGAACCUCAAAUUAUGGGAUAAACCGGGAACCUCAAAUUAUGGGAUAAACUGGGAACCUUAAAUUAUGGGAUAAACUGGGAACCUCAGAUUACUGGGGUAAACUGGGAACCUCACAUUAUGGGAUAAACUGGGAACCUCACAUUAUGGGAUAAACUGGGAACCUCACAUUACUGGGAUAAACCGGGAACCUCACAUUACUGGGAUAAACCGGGAACCUCCCAUUAUGGGAUAAACCGGGAACCUCCCAUUAUGGGAUAAACCGGGAACCUCACAUUACUGGGAUAAACCCGGAACCUCCCAUUACUGGGAUAAACCAGGAACCUCACAUUAUGGGAUAAACUGGGAACCUCGCAUUAUGGGAUAAACCGGGAACCUCACAUUACUGGGAUAAACCAGGAACCUCACAUUACUGGGAUAAACCAGGAACCUCACAUUAUGGGAUAAACUGGGAACCUCGCAUUAUGGGAUAAACUGGGAACCUCACAACCUCGCAUUAUGGGAUAAACUGGGAACCUCACAUUACUGGGAUAAACCGGGAACAUCCCAUUAUGGGAUAAACCAGGAACCUCACAUUACUGGGAUAAACCAGGAACCUCACAUUACUGGGAUAAACCAGGAACCUCAGAUUACUGGGAUUAACUGGGAACUUCGCAUUAUGGGAUAAACUGGGAACCUCACAACCUCGCAUUAUGGGAUAAACUGGGAACCUCACAUUACUGGGAUAAACCGGGAACCUCCCAUUAUGGGAUAAACCAGGAACCUCACAUUACUGGGAUAAACUGAGAACCUCACAUUACUGGGAUAAACCAGGAACCUCACAUUACUGGGAUAAUCCAGGAACCUCACAUUACUGGGAUAAACUGGGAACCUCGCAUUAUGGGAUAAACUGGGAACCUCGCAUUAUCGGAUAAACUGGGAACCUCACAACCUCGCAUUAUGGGAUAAACUGGGAACCUCCCAUUAUGGGAUAAACCGGGAACCUCACAUUACUGGGAUAAACUGGGACCUCGCAUUACUGGGAUAAACUGGGAACCUCACAUUAUGGGAUAAACUGGGAACCUAACAUUACUGGAUAAACAGGGAGCCUCACAUGAUGGGAUAAACCGGGAACCUCACAUUACUGGAUAAACUGGGAACCUCACAUUAUGGGAUAAAUUGGGAACCUCACAUUAUGGGAUAAACCGGGAACCUCACAUUAUGGGAUAAAUUGGGAACCUCGCAUUAUGGGAUAAAUUGGGAACCUCACAUUAUGGGAUAAACCGGGAACCUCACAUUAUGGGAUAAAUUGGGAACCUCACAUUAUGGGAUAAACUGGGAACCUCACAACCUCACAUUAUGGGAUAAAUUGGGAACCUCGCAUUAUGGGAUAAACCAGGAACCUCACAUUAUGGGAUAAACUGGGAACCUCACAACCUCGCAUUAUGGGAUAAACUGGGAACCUCACAACCUCGCAUUAUGGGAUAAACCGGGAACCUCACAUUACUGGGAUAAACCGGGAACCUCGCAUUAUGGGAUAAACCAGGAAACUCGCAUUAUGGGAUAAACCGGGAACCUCACAUUAUGGGAUAAACCGGGAACCUCACAUUACUGGGAUAAACCAGGAACCUCACAUUAUGGGAUAAACCGGGAACCUCACAUUAUGGGAUAAAUUGGGAACCUCGCAUUAUGGGAUAAACCAGGAACCUCACAUUACUAGGAUAAACUGGGAACCUCACAUUACUGGGAUAAACCAGGAACCUCCCAUUACUGGGAUAAACUGGGAGCCUCACAUUACUGGGAUAAACCAGGAACCUCACAUUACUGGGAUAAACUGGGAACCUCACAUUAUUGGGAUAAACCAGGAACCUCCCAUUACUGGGAUAAACUGGGAACCUCACAUGAUGGGAUAAACUGGAAACCUCACAUUAUGGGAUAAACCAGGAACCUCAUAUUUCUGGAUAAACCAGGAACCUCACAUUAUGGGAUAAACCAGGAACCUCACAUUACUGGGAUAAACCGGGAACCUCACAUUACUGGGAUAAACCGGGAACCUCACAUUACUGGGAUAAACCAGGAACCUCACAUUACUGGGAUAAACUGGGAACCUCACAUUACUGGGAUAAACCAGGAACCUCACAUUACUGGGAUAAACCAGGAACCUCACAUUACUGGGAUAAACCAGGAACCUCCCAUUAUGGGAUAAACUGGGAACCUCACAUUAUGGGAUAAACCGGGAACCUCACAUUACUGGGAUAAACUGGGAACCUCACAUUACUGGGAUAAACCGGGAACCUCACAUUACUGGGAUAAACUGGGAACCUCACAUUACUGGGAUAAACCGGGAACCUCCCAUUAUGGGAUAAACUGGGAACCUCACAUUACUGGGAUAAACUGAGAACCUCACAUUACUGGGAUAAACCAGGAACCUCACAUUAUGGGAUAAACUGGGAACCUCGCAUUAUGGGAUAAACUGGGAACCUCACAACCUCGCAUUAUGGGAUAAACUGGGAACCUCCCAUUAUGGGAAAAACUGGGAACCUCACAACCUCGCAUUACUGGGAUAAACUGGGAACCUCACAACCUCACAUUAUGGGAUAAACUGGGAACCUCACAACCUCGCAUUAUGGGAUAAACUGGGAACCACUUUAUCUCACUAGUAUAUUAAGAGGUAAAAUUUCACCCUUAAUGUGUGAAUUGUUUUUUUCUGUUAAAAGAAGCAUGAGAAAUCCUUAUAAAUUUCACAAGUUUGGGGAGAUUAUAAAACCAUUGUAAGAGAAUGUCUGGGCAAAAUGUCUAAUAUUGGGCUUGAUUUAAUAUUUUUGGAUAAGCUUUUAGAAUGAUUUAAAAUGUUGAUAUCUUGUGUUAUAUUGAUAUAUUUUCAUAUAUUAAUAUUUUGAAAAAAUCUUUUUAAAAGGUUAUCCAAACAUAGUAAAUAGUUAAAUAGAUGCCAUUGUCCUGUUACCUGUGACUAAUUGAAUCUCCGUAAAUUUGGGGUAGGUAUGAGUCUUUAAGGAAAACUUGCAGCUUGUGGUACGCAAUGAGGUACCAUUAUUGGUUGACAUGAACACUAGCAGGGAAACCUUGAUAUAUGAUUCAUUCAGUUAGGUUUAAUUUGUACAGGAAGGAAACCAGCUUAUCCAAGAGAAGCCGGAGCUGGCCGGGGUGGUGAAGAAGAAGAUUGAGGAGAUCCGACAGUGUUGGGUUGAACUUGAGUCUAGUACACAGGAGAAGGCACAGCAACUCUUCCAUUGUAACAAGGCGGACCUGGUGGUUCAAAACUAUUCUGACCUCGGCAAAAGGCUUCAUAGAUUGGAAGAACAACUGCAGCCAGUGGAACAUGUUCCAGAUGUCUCCAAUGUUAAUACACAACUAAAAAAGCUUGAGGUGGGUUUGCUUAUUGUUAAGUAUUAAGUCUUGAUUUAUUGGUUAUAGAUACGUCAACGUAUAUCAACGUCCAUGUCCAUACGUCAAUGUCCAUGGUUGAUAUGGUGGCCUUAUGUCUAUAUCCAUAUAACAUGGCCAUUUUUUAUGCUUUCAUUAAACUGGUCUCCGAACAGAGUACAAUGUUGUCACCAAUUUCAAUAUGUAACCAUAGAGUAGACCUAUCUGGUCGAUUUCUCAUUACGUCCUUUCACGUCACAUUAUAUAUUGUGUUAACAUGCUCUAAAGUGAUUCAGCAGUUUCUAAAACAAUUAUAAUAAAAUCUGUUUUCAAGCUAUUUCUCACAUGCAAAGUAAAACGAGGCAACAAAGAGUUGGAUAUUCUCCUGUUAUUUAAAGGGUCAAUGUUAUGCCCAAUCGUAGACUCCUUUUGGAGAUCCCGAGUAUUUUUUUUCAUACUUCUGGUACCAGGUUUGGCUGUUAGAUCAGAGUAGAUUCAUCAAGGAAGGUAAUAGUUGGCCAUUGUCGGCUGUGCACUAUAAGGACCAAUGCCCUAUAACACUGUGACAUUAUAUGGCAGUCAUUAAAUGUCAGAAAGUGGCCUACAGCUGAUUUGCCUUAAGCUUCGGAGCACGCAUAAUAGUCUGCUGCUGGAUCCUUAAAACAGAAUGCUUGAUACAUUAGUAAUUUAUUGCAUUCAAAGAAUUGUAGGCUAUGAACAAUUGGAGGGCCAUAGUUUGUGAUCAAACAGUUCUCAAACUCUCUCAAGGAAUUUUCCAAUACUUUCAGAGAAUGGUUUCAUUGUGAGCAUUUCUAUGUCCUGUCUCUGUAAUAUUUAUGAGCCCUUGCAAUGUUGCAAUGGAUAAACCAUGGAGCAAAUGCAAGUUACCUGCGGGCUAUCUAAAAUCCCAAUGCACAUUUAAAUAGCUGGAGGUUUUAGUACAACUUCAAUGGGCACUAGAUUGUAAGCUAACCUGCCACAUCAAGGCAAAACCUCUAAAAAAGAAAAAAAGGCACUUACUAUUCACUUUGCUGCUUUCAGCUAAAAUAUCGUGACAGUGAAGGUAUUCUUAUUAACCCUUAAUAGGAUAGACAUGUGGUGCCAUUGCUGCUGCCCAGGAGUAGUGGGAGUGUGAGCACAGAGCUCAGUUGUGUGUGUAUGUAAACCAUGACCUGUGAGAGAUGGCAAAGAUUGGACCUGUAAUCCCCUCGGAGAAUAAUCCACCUGUAGCUCUGCAGCUGCUGACAAACUGUGACCACAUGAUGUCCAGCCAACAGCAGCUGCAGAGAGCCAAGCUGACUAUUCUAUACUUCAUUGUUACAAAGUGACCAUGGUGGACCAGAAUACUUUAUCGUGUUCCGUGUACAUAUCAUAGUUUGGGGCGGGAGGGACGGGUUGUACGUGGAUCUGUUGUUUACAUCCAAUGUGCUUUUCCAUCCAACAGUGAGCCAUUCUCCCCUUUAAUCGGCAUGUGGCAGAUAGCGCCAGAAUAACCAUCCAACAUCACUAAGCAGUUUGUGUCUCAGCCCAAACUGCUUGCCUGCAUCAGGGUACAGUAGUCCUGUGUGUUAUCUCUCCAAAUCAUCCUUCAUCUCCACUCCUUCCUUCUCACGUCUUGCUUCUUUCUGGCUGUACUUCUCUGUGUCUCAGGGGGAUUCAUUUAAAACUUGAGUAUACCUAAAAAAAUCAAAAGAAGGACAUUGUAUUUGUAAUUUAGUUUUGAUGUAGAAUUCUGUGAUUCCGAUUGCAUUAUCGUUAUGCUAAGAUCAGUUUAAAUGUGGGAUUCCGUCUCUAUAUUCAGCUUGCUUUGAUGAAGUGAUAUCCUCGUUGCUAAAUUUAGCACAAAAAAAUCCAAUUGGAUACCGAAAAAAAACUCCCCAACAUGCGGAUUUUUACAGCUGGUGAAUGGCUUGUCACUUAAUCAAAAUCUCAAAACUCAAAGUGUAGUUAUUGCCCCUAAAAAAUAGCAACACAUCCCGUAAAUGAAAGGGGAUUCUUCUACGUUUGUUUUAUUUUAAAUAUCACUAAAUAUCUUACAGUAUUUUGGAGUUUGACCCAAUUCCUUUUGCUCCCCCCCGCCCCCCGCCCAUCCCUUCGGGGAUCAUUGGGGUUUUAUCACAUAGAAAGGAUUUUGGGGCCAAUAUAGCCCAGUUAAUCUAGGUGCAUUGGAGACGUUUACACGCUUAUUGUGUCGUAAAAUGUGUAGGGGUCACUGAUACAGGGUCAGAGAGGGCUUUAUCAGCAUUUAGGGACUGGUCCCUUUGGAAUAUUUCACAUUCUUUUAGCACAGCCUUUAACCCUCUGCCUGUGAGAGCAGAUUCAUUUUUGCUUCCGAAAUGGUUACAUAAUGGGCUUUGUUUGCUAAGUUGGGAAUUGUGGAGAUGUGACAGAGAAACUGUAAGUAUUAGACCAAUUGGGAAACUUUUUUCUGUUACUUCGUCCUAAACUUUGCAAACGUUCCCUGCCUGCUUCCCUCAAUUCUUGGUUUAACGAAUAAACGCCAUAGUGCCACAGCUUCUGAAACUGACUGAAGUAUCUGCAGCGCUGGGGGUGGGAGAUGUGACUUCUGUAAACGUAGUCAAGUUUAAAUGAAUUCUCCUUCUCUUCUCUCUCCUGUACUUCCUUCAAGACUGAAUUGAUAGAACGAAAUUGUAUGAAGAAUUAUAACAAUUGUAACAAGAAUUAGCAUUAAAAAAACUAGGACUUGCCUCGGUAAGUCCCCUAUUUACAGCCACAGGGGUCUACUUUAAUCAGGAAAUAGAUAACCACUGGAGUCCUGCACCAGUCGCAUAAUAAGUUAGAAAGAAAUAGAAUAAUAGAAAGUGAGCAACCAAUCAGAAAGGCAGCCAAGUGUACGCGGUGUACUGACUAUUAGUGAAAGUGAUUUAUAGAUAAAAUGUCAUGACACGUUCAGACGUUACCUUUAUUUAUGUACGGUGAGAGCCAGAGGUCUAGUUGUAGUGAGCGAUGGCUGACCAUUAUAAAGCAGGACUAGGGAACAUGUAAAGGAUGAUCUUAUUUAAUGUAAGAAUAUUAUUAUUUUCCAAUUGAUUAAUUGUUAUAAAUGAAAAAUAUAAUUUGCAAAACUUAGGCCAUUAAAUACCAAAUGUGGAAAUCUAACAUUAUAAAUUGAGCAAACUGUAUUUUCAUUUCUCAAAACAGAGCAGGAUCAGUCUUUGGAAACAUUGCAGACAGUUUUGUGCCAUUUCUUUGGUGAUGUAACAGAUUUAUCAAUUUUUCUAACACUUUUUUCUGCUUGAAAGGUGGUUUUGUGUUUUCACUUCUAUUUUUUUCCUCCACUCUAAAUUGGUCAUCAGUUUGCUCCCAUUCUGUAGGCCAUUGUAUCUCCAAUGAAAGACCAGGAGGGGGCCUCUUGCCCCACUGUCUUAGCUCUCCGUUUGCUCCCUUUUCGUAGGCCAUAGUAUCUUUAAUGGAAGACCAGGCCGGGCCUCUUGCCCCAAUGUCUUAGCUCUGUUUGCUCCCUUUACGUAGGCCAUGGUAUCUCCAAUGGAAGACCAGACGGGGCCUCUUGCCCCACUGUCUUAGCUCUCCAUUUGCUCCCUUUCCGUAGGCCAUGGUAUCUCCAAUGGAAGACCAGGCAGGGCCUCUUGCCCCACUGUCUUAGCUCUCUGUUUGCUCCCUUUCCGUAGGCCAUGAAACCUUUAAUGGAAGACCAGGGAGGGCCUCUUGCCCCAAUAUCUUAGCUCUCAGUUUGCUCUCUUUCCAUAGGCCAUGGUCCCUUUAUUUGAAGACCAGGUAGGGCCUUUUGCUUUGAUGUCUUAAUUCUCUGUUUGCUUCCUAUCCGUAGGCCAUGGUAUCUCCAAUGGAAGACCAGGCAGGCAGGGCUUCUUGCCCCAAUAUCUUAGCUCUCAGUUUGCUCCCUUUCUGUAGGCCAUAGUAUCUCCAAUGGAAGACCAGGGGGGCCUCUUGCCCCACUGUCUUAGCUCUCCGUUUGCUCCCUUUCCAUAGGCCAUGGUAGCUUUAAUGGAAGACCAGGGGGGGCCUCUUGUCCCACUGUCUUAGCUCUCCGUUUGCUCCCUUUUCAUAGGCCAUGGUAUCUUUAAUGGAAAACCAGGCAGGGCCUCUUGCCCCAAUAUCUUAGCUCUGUUUGCUCCCUUUCCGUAGGCCAUGGUAUCUCCAAUGGAAGACCAGGUGGGGCCUCUUGCUCCACUGUCUUAGCUCUCCAUUUUCUCCCUUUCCGUAGGCCAUGGUAUCUCCAAUGGAAGACCAGGCAGGGCCUCUUGCCCCACUGUCUUAGCUCUCUGUUUGCUCCCUUUCCGUAGGCCAUGAAACCUUUAAUGGAAGACCAGGGAGGGCCUCUUGCCCCAAUAUCUUAGCUCUCAGUUUGCUCUCUUUCCAUAGGCCAUGGUCCCUUUAUUUGAAGACCAGGUAGGGCCUUUUGCUUUGAUGUCUUAAUUCUCCGUUUGCUUCCUAUCCAUAGGCCAUAGUAUCUCCAAUGGAAGACCAGGCAGGCAGGCAGGGCCUCUUGCCCCAAUAUUUUAGCUCUGAGUUUGCUCCCUUUACGCAUGCCAUGGUCCCUUUGAUCUGGAAAACCAGGCAUGGCAUCUUGCCCCAAUAUCUUAGCUCUCAGUUUGCUCCCUUUCCAUAGGCCAUGGUAUCGCCAACGGAAGACCAUGGAGUGCCUCUUGCCCCAGUGUCUUAGCUCUCAGUUUGCUCCCUUCAUACAGACCAUGGAAUCUCAGAUGGAGGAAUGGUAUAAAGAAAUGGGAAUGCUUCAAGCUCAGAUCGCCUCCCUCCCUCUGGACGUGGCAAGCCAAGAGGCCGUGGAGGAGAAACAGAACGAAGUCGGGACCAGGAUCGUCCGCCUGAUUGAGCCUCUCAAGGAGCGCAGAAGGAUCCUUUUGGCUUCAAAAGAGGUGCAUCAGGUCACACGAGACCUAGAGGAUGAAAUUGUGAGUAUAAAAUCAUUAAUCUCAUUACAGAAUAGAGUCAUCAAUCAUCAUUUAUAGAGGAGAUAAUGGAACGUUUUAGGAACAAAUCAAUUCCUGUGUAUUAAAUAAUGGAAAAUAUACAAGGACAAAACAUUUCCUGCACAGAAAGACUGACGGUUCUUGUAGUAGAAGGGGAUAUUAUGACCGGUUUAUGGACUUAGUGAGGGGAUCAAGUUAAGGAUUCUAUGGGUAUGUCGGAUCUUUCUGCUGAUGUCUUAUUAUUUUCUGUGUUUGACUUGUGCCAGUUCUGGGUCCAAGAGAGACUCCCGCUCGCCACAUCCAAGGAGUAUGGAAGCAACUUGCAAACGGUGCAGCAGUUUACCAAGAAAAACCAGGUGAGAGGCCGACUUGGAGUCCCACCUCCAGCAACCUGCGAACAGCUCGGGCAUUUAUGAAUGGUCAAAUGUCUGGACAGCAAGCACAAUCAGUCCAGUUUCUCUUCCAGUGACCACGAGCUGGGAAGGGAGCUGUGGAGACACACUAUCACCUCUCUACAAAUCUCCUCUCCUGGCCCGUCCGUAACUGGAGAUAUGCGAAUUAAUACAAAGCACAGGUGCAGGGGUAGACAAUUUACGGCAAUCCAGAUAUUUUGGACUACAUCUCAGCUGAUGCUUUGCCAGCAUUUUGGUUGUAAGAGCAUUAUGGGAGAUGUAGUCCAAAACACUGAGAGAGCUGAAGGUUACCCUGGGUUAGGGUGUGAACUAACCAACUCCCAGCCAUGAGCACCUCUGCUUUGCAUGACAUUGUCCCAGACACAGAAAAUCUGAUAUAGCAUGUUUUCAUACUGUCCCAGAAUGCCAUUAGGAAUAUGCAAAUAAUCCCAGAACCUUUUUCACAUUCCACCUGAAAAUCACAAGUGUAUAUUAUUUAAGGAAGGGUCAGACAGUCCUGCUGUGUGUUUUACAGUUGAUCAAAGCAUGCAAUCUGUUUGUAAGGCUCCGAGACAGUCACAAAAUGUAAGAAAAAUACCCAACUCAUCAAUACUUUGCACUUAACAUCAAUCUGCAAUUUUUAUUUUUUAAAUUUUUUUAGUGCAGUUUGGUGUUUAGUCAGUAAACCCCACUGGUUAUUUGAGAAUAUAUUUAUUACUGCUAAAAUGUAUUUAUAAUUGUAGAAUGUAUAGAUUUUUGGAUAAUAUAUUACUUUUUGUACAAUGUGUUAUUUGGGUAUUACUGAUUAUUGGAAAAUGCAUUGAUUAUGGCUGCAUAUAUUCAUUAUUGGAGAAUGCAUUGACGGUCGUUGAAUGUAUUGAUUGUUAUAGAAUGAGUGGAUUAUCAGAGAAUCUAUUGACUAUUGACCUUUUCUGCUAGAACCUGCGACGUGAGAUCCAGGUCCAUUCGUCUCGCGUUGAUGACCUUUUGGAGCGAGCUGGAGCCAUCGCAAGUAUCCGGACUCCAGAAGCAGAGGGUGUGCGUAUUGGCUACGAGAACCUGCGUGAGAUGUGGGACCUGCUCCGAGAGCAAUCUGAACGGAGGCAGCAGCUUCUCGAUAUCAGUUACCAGGUCCAGCAGUAUUACUUUGAUGUGGGAGAGGUGGAGACGUGGCUCAGCGAGCAGGAACUUCUCAUGAUGAACGAUGAUAAGGGCAAGGUGAGACCCAGACAUCGCAGACUGCAGGGGGGUUCACAGUGACACUCAGAGGCUGUAAAAUGAGAAAAAGCUGUAGUUUUAGCUGAUUGGAAGCAUCCGUGAUGCACAUAUUAAUUUUGAAUGUAGAUACCAAAAGGAUUGUAAAAAAACCAUACAGAACAUACUUAUAGACAAAAUAAUAAGCAAUUUCUGUGUAAUAAAUCAAAGUAGAGGUAAUGCUGUGCUUAUAUUCCGAGGGGAAAAGAAAGUGGGGUAGUAGCAUUGUCCUUUUAACAGUCACCAUGCUCCUUCUUAAUUCUCUAUCUCCUUUAUAUUCCUCCCCUUUCCCUUCUUUCUAUUUAUUAUCCCCCUCAGCCUUCUUAAUCGCUCACAUCUUACUCUCCUUUCUCUAAUAACCAUCUCUCUCUUCUCUCACCCAUCCUUUUUCUCUCCGUUCUCUCUCCCCCUUUUUGGAUAUAUUACGCAGCCGUGGGGAUCUGUGCCACCCUUUCAGAAAUGUGAUUUUUCAAAACUCGACUGUCUGAUGUACCUUUAACUCUCUCCCCAGGAUGAACAAAGCACACUUCAACUCCUGAAGAAGCACCUUAUGGUGGAACAAACCAUUGAGAACUACGAGGAGACGAUUGCACAGCUCUCCCGGCAAUGCCGCAGCCUUCUUGAUCUGGGCCACCCAGACAGGUGAGAGGGUGACAUUCUGUACUCCCAUCAAACCUGCAUGCUUUGUCUGAGCCAAUAUGUUUCAGCUCCUUGUUGUUGCAUUUAAUAUUUCCUUACACAGUCCAUUUAUCUAGUGUACAUAAUACCUGAGACAAUGUAUACUGCUGAGCUGACAUCUUCAUUCACCUGAGCCACCAGUACAUGACCAAUUAGCUCAACCUCACCUGGGGCCGGGAAAUAACGCUCGCCCUCCGGCUUAGACGAGAGACCAUGUGCAGGAGUAAAUAUUGCAAGCAGAUUCUUAGAAGUAAAAACUGUAAAAUUAAAGUAUUAUUAUCAUCCAGGGUAUUUCCUAAAUUUCCACUUGGAUCAAAAUCAGGACAACUCUCCCAAUGAACUCAGCAGGAGUACUGGGUGUCUUUGGAUGAUCCUUUCUGGAGCUUGGGGACAUUGAGUUCCUCAAAUUCUGCUGAAGAACUCUCAGCCCCCAAAAUCCAGGGCAUAGAUAAUGUGAAAAAGGAAAUAACAUUUAGAUAAACAGACAGUUUAAAAACAUAUAUAUAUAUUUUCAUGUAACGUUUCGGUUUUGGUCACUGGGCCAUCACAGGGAUAUAGGUCAUGACAUCAGGUUCCUCAAUACCUAAAAUUCUAAGUUCUGGAUGCAGCUGUUCCCCUGGUGCAGAUAUUUCUCCAAAGUCUCCUUUGGGAUAUUUUAGUGGGUUUCAAUGACUGGGAGCAGUUGUGCAUUGAUGCUGCAGGUUUUAGUUUUCAUAGAGACCUCUGUUGUAAUGUGCUCUCAACUAAUGCACUGACUACUGUCUUUGCAUAGCGAGCAGAUAAGUAGGCGUCAGUCACAGAUUGAUCGGCUCUACGUGUCUCUGAAGGACCUGGUGGAAGAGAGGAAAGUGCGCCUGGAGCAGCAGUAUUGGCUUUACCAGUUAAGUCGGGAAGUGGAUGAGCUAGAGCAGUGGAUUGCAGAGAAAGAGGUGGUGGCUGGAUCUCCUGAGCUCGGCCAGGACUACGAGCAUGUCACGGUAAGUGUCUCCAUGAGUGGCAAAGGAUAUAGUUUGAAAACCCUGUAUGCAGUUCUGUCUUGUAUCAUGAUUACUUCAACUGUAUCUAGUGGGAAUCUGGAGAAGCAGCUAUUUUCAUUCGUUUAUAUAAGUUCACAGAAAGUAGACCUUUUUUUUUGCCUUGUACUUCAACGUCCAUGAUCAAUGUUACAUUUUUCUUCUAGCUUCUGCAGGAGAAGUUUACCGAGUUUGCCAAUGAAACAGGCAGCAUUGGGCACGAACGCAUUUCUGCUGUCAACCAGAUGGUGGAUGAGCUUAUUGACUAUGGUCAUGCGGAUGCAGCCACCAUAGCCGAAUGGAAGGAUGGCGUGAACGAGGCAUGGGCCGACUUGUUGGAGUUGAUGGAGACUCGGGCUCAAAUGCUAUCUGCUUCUCAUGAACUACACAAGUUCUUUAAUGACUGUAAAGAGGUCCUCUCCCAGGUGGAGGAGAAGAAGCAGAGACUGCCAGAAGUAAAAGCCCAAGAGGGCAAGUUGUCAGCUGGAUGUUUGCAAAGGAUUCUGAGCUCUUUCGAACAUGAUAUCCAGAUCCUUGUCACUCAGGUGAUUAACGGAGAAGCCCAUUGAUAAAAUAUUUGUUCUGAUUUUUCUUGCAGUUCCAUACAAUUUCCGUUAGAGUAGAGCUUAUGACAUUCCUGGUUCAAGUGUAGGAUAUUCCGCUCUGGGCAAUAUGUUAGCGCUAAAUUAAUAAUUGUAAUUGUACGACAAAGAUCCUGGUGACUGAGAUAAAAGACUUUCUUAUGAUACCUAGAUAAAUAGAAACUAUUGAUAACGUAAUGUCAGGGCCUACUUUAAUCAAUAUGCAGCAUUUAUGAGGAUAAUCCCCAAAAAAGGAAAUGUUUAAUUGUAAAUCAUUUUUUAAACAUAAUAGGUACGGCAGCUCCAGGAGAACGCGGCACAGCUACGCACAGUCUACGCCGGCGAGAAUGCGGCUGCCAUUGUUACCAGCGAGCAGGAAGUAAUGCGGUCUUGGAAAGAAUUGCUGAGCGCUUGUGAAGACUGCCGACUGCAGAUCACCACCACCACUGACCGCAUGAAGUUCCUCAAUCUGGUGAAGGACCUUAUUUCAUGGAUGGAGAGUAUCAUCUGUCAGAUCGGGACGGGAGAGAAGCCAAGGUAACAGACAGCAAUAUGUCUCUAGCUAUAAACGGUCUUUAAUAAACACAGGACCACCUCUGUCUGUCUCCAACUUAAAAAAAAUAUCAUAGAUCAUCAGGGUUAUUACGUACACAAAGUAGCCAAAAUAGCAGAGUUUGAGAUUUUUUUUAGAGUUUGAGGAUUUCCAUGAUCAAUUAUUCCUUUAAAAUUAUAGAUGAGGAUCAACCAGUUUUGUAAGGAAAUCAUUCACACUAUUUGUUCGUUGUGCUUGUCGUAUUUCCUAACAGAAACUAGAAAAAGCACGGCUCGUCCAAUUUUCGGUUUGUUUGUUUUCUGUGUCUUCGUAUAGAUAGAAUCUUUCUUGUUUUCUAUGCUUAGCACAACAAACCAAUGAUCUUAGAUAAAGUUUUCUCCACGGCCGUUCCAGACUAUGAUUCAUUUGGGUCCAUCUGAUUGUACAGGUCUCUGAUUAAGCAUUAGUUUUCUUGUCUUUAGCCGCGUUUCUCGUUCUUUCGAUCCCCAGUCUUUCUCUUGCCCACGCGACUUGUGGCUCAUUUAAUCAAUCUCAAAUUCGUUGCCAUCUGUUAACAGGCCACAACAGGGAAUGUUUCAGCUCUCUGUGUCUUCUGGAAAAGUUCAAAAGAACAAGCACUUCAUGUAGUUUUGCAAAUAAUAACUGACAAUAACAUGUGGAGCCUUUAACAAAGACUGUACGUGGUCCAAAAUCUAAAAUAAAUUGUAGGAAUAAUUCUAUACAGAAUGCCGCAUUGUUAUAGUUUGUGAUACACUGUAUGUACAGGAUGAGUCAGAAGCCCCCCGCGUCCCCCUCUCAAACACCCACUGCUUGCUUAAUGAUUGAUUCAUUUCAAUAUUGCCAUAAAGUAAUAGACUUGUGGGUGGACAUUACUUCCCCUAAGCCUCACCUGAGUGCAUUAACAUUGCAGGGAUACUAUAGAUCAUGGCUAAUACACUAAAACACAUUAAAAACGAUAAGAAUCAUAAGAAAUAAAUCACAUUUAAUGUUCCUACGUUUGCUGCACGUUUACAAGUGUUGCAUCUUCUGUAGAGAGUUCUGCACAGACUAGAAUUGACUCAGCCAGUCGUUACUUUAUAUAGCACAGGGUGAGCUUAAUCCUCUAUCAGUGCUUUAUGGACACAUCAAGGGAUUCUGGGAGUUGUAGUUCAAUUAUUGGAUUCUACUGCAGAUAUCACGCCAAUUGGUACAAGAAUAUUACUGGAAUACACAGGGAAUCCCUGCGGAAUGAGAAGGGGGUUAGAAAUAGUCGUCCAUUGGAUCAAAACUAAUUAUUAUUUAUUUUACAAAACAAAAGCCUAAUUUUCUGUUUCCAUUGCAAUAUGUGGGGUGUACUGCACAGUGAGGGACAUUAUGAACCGCAAUGCACAGAAUGUGACAGAGAGCAUGCCGUGCGGGAUUCCAAGCAUAUCCUGGCCUUAGAUUAGUGGGAGUUUCAUUAAUUCAGCCUCUGGGAGUGGGGCUGCAGAAGGAGAUAAUGUAAUUCUCUCUCCAUAGAUCCUCUCCCAGCAUGUCAUUAGGGAUAGCCACUGCAAGGUAGUGUACAUCCCACCAAUCUCAGAUUGAGAAAGAUUUCCACUGAAAUGCUAACUGCUUAACCAAAUAACAAUCAGCACUGCAGGCCCCAGCCGGGCAUUUACCAGGAAAAGAGUCAGAUCAAAACGUUGAUUGUCAUUUAAUGGUUAAAUCAACAUUCAUCACAAGACCUGGGAGUGCUGUUCAUAAUUUAUUUGAGAGAGAGAGAGAGAGAGAGAGAGAGAGUGAGAGUGUGUGUGUGUGUGUGUGUGUGUAUAUAUCUAUCUAUCUCAACAGGUGUGGUUUGCUGGGUGUUAAGAGCCAAUAAUAAUAAUAAAAAAAGUAACUAGGAAAGGUACAUUCAGAUUACUCUGGUUUCCAAGUACAUCUUGCCCAACAUCCAGAGGAUGGUUUAGCUGUGUUCUGAUUCGCAAUGACUGAGGGCUCGGCCUUGUGUUUCGGUGAUAAUUGAAUGAAGCAUUGUUCAGGGAUAUGUGAGUGAAUGAAAAACUCUGCUGUGUGGUUCAGCAAUGCAUGGCUCCAUAGCACGAUUUCAGAAUAAAUUGCUCUGCACUGGGGUUCUGUGAUUAAUAAAUUGCUCUGCAGUAGGGUUCUGUGAUUUAAUAAAUUGCUCUGCAGUGGGUUUCCGUGAUUAAUAAAUUGCUCUGCAGUGGGUUUCCAUGAUUAAUAAAUUGCUCUGCACUGGGGUUCUGUGAUUAAUAAAUUGCUCUGCAGUGGGGUUCUGUGAUUAAUAAAGUGCGCUGCAGUGUGGCUUGGGUAAUACAUGUUGAAUGCCAUGUGUAUUUUAUGACUUGUUGUUUCAGAGAUGUGUCCGCUGUGGAAGUUCUGAUGAGUUACCACCAGGGUCUGAAGAGUGAGAUUGAGACCCGGAAUAAAAGGAUUGUGGAUUGUGUGGAGCUUGGAAAAACCUUGGUUCUUAAUAACAGACCAGCAUCAGAUGAAGUUAGUAAUUCUUCAGAGUAUCGUGCUCUCUAUCUUACUUCUUACCACCAUAGUACUCACUACCCAACAUCCCUUCAUCCUACCGACUAGCCAUCAUAAUAUCCAUAAACCCAUCAUAAUACUCACCACCCAACAUCCCUAGAUCCUACUGACUACCCAUCGGAAUAUCCAUAAACCCAUCAUAGUACUCAUUACCCAGCAUCCCUUCAUCCUACUGACUACCCAUCGGAAUAUCCAUAAACCCAUCAUAGUACUCACUACCCAACAUCCCCUCAUCCUACUGACUACCCAUCGUAAUAUCCACAAACCCAUCAUAGUACUCACUACCCAACAUCCCUAAAUCCUACUGACUACCCAUCGUAAUAUCCAUAAACCCAUCAUAGUACUCACUACCCAACAUCCCUUCAUCCUACCAACUACCCAUCGUAAUAUCCAUAAACCCAUCAUAGUACUCACUGCCCAAAUCCCUUUAUCCUACUGACUACCCAUCGUAAUAUCCAUAAACCCAUCAUAGUACUCACUGCCCAAAUCCCUUCAUCCUACUGACUACCGAUCAUAAUAUCCAUAAACCCAUCAUAGUACUCACUACCCAACAUCCCUUCAUCCUACUGACUACCCAUCGGAAUAUCCAUAAACCCAUCAUAGUACUCACUACCCAUAUCCCUUCAUCCUACUGACUACCCAUCAUAGUACUCACUACCCAACAUCCCUUCAUCCUAUGUAAGGACUGACAGAGGGGUGAGGUGUGAGGGGAGCAACUGGAAAGGAACAUCAGUAUGGCGGAAGCAUUAAUUAUAGACUGUAGCGGGGUAAUGCUGCUUCUGGGAAGACCAGACCAGACCAGACCAGUAUAAAGACAAAAUAGAAGGGGUUGCGAUAAUCCAUGAGAGAGAUUACUAGAGCAUGGACAAGCUCCUUAGUAGUAUCUUGUGUAAGAAAGGGGUUGAUGUGGGCGAUGGUUUUUAAGGUGCAAUCGGCAGGAUUUGACAACAUACUGAAUGUGAGGCCAGAAUCAAAAAUAACACCAAGACAAUGUGCUUGUAAGGAUGGGCUGAUGUGGGUACCACCAACUUAAAGGGAGAGCAAGAGAGAGGAUCAAUAUUAAGAGGAAAGAAGUUCAGUUUUAGAGAGAGAUUGAGUUUCAGAAAGCGGGAGGACAUCCAAUCAGACAUGGAAGAAAGGCAAGUGGUGACACGUUGCAGAAUGGCAGGGGAAAGGUCCAAGGAGAAGGGAUAUAUCUGGGUGUCUUCUGCAUGCAGGUGGUAGUGGAAUCUAAAUUAGGUAAUACGUUUUGAAAGAGAGGCAGUAUAAAGACAAAAUAGAAGGGGACCAAGGACAGAGCCUUGGGGGACUCCGACCGAGACAGGAUGAGGGUAGGACAUAUCAUUAGUAAAAGAGACACUGAGUGAGCAUUGGGAGAGAUAGGAGGAAAACCACGAGAGGACAGAGUCACAGAGACUGAGUGAUUGAAGAGUUUAAAGAAGGAGAACAUGAUCAACGGUGUGAAAGGCAGCUUUAAUAGGAGUGGAGGGGGCAGAAGCCAGACUGAAGAGGGUUAAGGAGAGAGUUGGAAUUAAGGAAGUGAGCCAGACGGGUAAAGACAAGGUCUUUCCAGAAGCUUUGAGGAAAAAGGGAGCAGGGAUAUGGGAUGAUAGUUAGAGGGGGAGGACGGGUCAAGAGAUGUUUUUUUUUUUCAGGAUAGGUACUACAGUGGCAUGUUUAAGGUCAGCAGGGACAACUCCAGAAGAGAGAGAGCAGUUGAAGAUGUGUGUUAAGGAAGGAGCAAGACAGGGGGAGAGAGAUCUGAUGAGGUGAGAUGGGACAGGGUCGAGCAGGCAAGUGGUGGGGCAAGAGGAAAGGAGAAGCGCAGCCACCUCUUGUUCAGUAGCCAGAGAGAAAGUCUGAAGGGUAGGAAAGGCAUGAUCUACGUGUGGUUGAGAAAGAGAAAGGCAAGGUGGAGAGAAUUCUUUCCUUAGCUGUUCAAUCUUGUCGGUAAAGUAGCAUCCAAAGCUAUCGGCUGUAAGGUUAGUUUGGGGGGUCGCCACAGGAGGGCAAAGAAGAGAUUUAAAGGAGUCAAAGAGACGCCUGGGAUUGCGGGAGCAUGAACUAAUGAGAGAGAACAAGUAUGACUGUUUGGCGAGGGCAGGGGCUGCGCUGUAUGAACACAAUAUGAAUCUAUAAUGGAGAAAGUCCGACUGGGUGAGAGUCAGUUCUUCCAGGAGCGUUCAGCAUAACGGGAGCAUCUUUGCAGGUAGCAUGUUGAUUUAGUAUGCCACGGUUAGGGGCGUGUCCUCCUCGAGGUGCAUGUUUGGAGCGUGGUGGCAUCGUUCAGUGCAGAGGUGAGGGUAGUGUUAUAUGCGGAGAUGGCCAGUGAGGGACAGGAGAGGGAAGGGAUGGAUUAAAAUUGUGAGUCAAAAUCACCUGACAGCUGCUGGAGGUUAAUAUUCUUAUUAUUGCCAUUUAUAUAGCGCCAACAGAUUCCGUAGCGCUUUACAAUAUUAUGAGAGGGGGAAUUUAACUAUAAAUAGGACAAUUACAAGAAAACUUACAGAAACAAUAGAUUGAAGAGGACCCUGCUCAAGCGAGCUUACAGUCUGUAGUAGGUAGGGUGUAAAACACAACAGGACCGGAAUAGAAUUAAGAUUCCUCCUGAGUUAAGGGGGGUUAGGCUGAAGUUGUUGGGUGAGGGGCUAUUGAGUGCAAAUAAUAAGAGAUGAUGAUCUGAGAGAGGAAAUUGAGUGUUCUGGAGAUUAGAGACUGUACAUUCAUGAGAGAAAAUAAGAUCUAAAGUAUUGCCCGCUACAUUGGUGGGGGAAUUAGCCUACUGCGAUAGCCCAAGGGAGGAGGUAAUAGGAAGUAGUUUUGAGGUUACUGAGGUCAAGUGUAGGUUAAUGGGAAUGUUCAAGUCCCAGAGAAUUAGGGAUGCAAUAUUAGGGCAGAAGAAGUAGGGUAGCCAGGCAGCAAAGUGGUCAAGGAAGAGAAGAGGGGAGCCACGGGGGCGAUAAAUAACAGCAAUGUUAACAGAGAUGGGUUUAAAAUGACAAAUUUAAUGAAUCUCAAAUCAGGAGAAAGAGUGGGAAGGAGGGGUGGGUAGAGGUUUGAAGGAGCAGUGAGGUGAGAGCAGAAACUCUACACCACCACUUUGACAUUCAGAGUGUCUUGGGUUGUAGGAAAAUUGAAGACCACCAAAGGAUAAAGAGGCAGAGGUAGCACUGUCAGAAGGGGAGAGCCAAGUUUCUGUUAAUGCUAGUAAGUGUAGGAAACCCAUCAUCUCACUCGUUAUCCCAUCAAUUCACUCUUCACCCAUCACUCCAUGAGCUCACUAAUUACCCAGAAUCCCAUUAGAUCGGUAUCCAUCAUAGUAAUGCCAGAUUCACCUGUUACUGUGAAUGUUUCAACGACCCUCAUCUCAGUGAAUAGCAGGGCAUUCCCUCCCUUACGGUAGCUCAGACACCAUGUUGUUUAUCUCUUUAGAUCAAGCAGAGCCUGGACCGACUGAUGGCAAAGAAGAAGGAGCUGCUGGAAAAAUGGGACCAGCACUGGGAAUGGCUGCAGCAGAGUACGUAUCAGGACAAAACCAAAAAUGCAGACAAACAGAACGGAGUGGGCGGACCUCAUGCCAUGUAACGAGGGUCUAAUUAGGGUCGCCAUGGAAACCCGUGCAGCUCCCACACAGUGCUUCCAGGUGUCCCCCUAAUGAAUGCGGGGGAAGCACUGGAGGAGAGUUUGUACCAAAAACGUUAACUGCUUCAGCUGAAUAUUAGUAUGUGUAUCAGGAGCUGAGAGGGUUUCUAACUCCAGAUCAUACAACUAACUUUUAUUUAAUAACUUAAUAAAAACAAACUCAUGAUGCUGUGGUUGGACUGUGACCAUGUUUUCAGGAUUACUAAUCUGUAUUGCAGAUUUUAAAAACACUAUAAGCAUUACAACAACGUUAUUUUAGUGAAGCAGUUAUGGUGUAUAGAUCAUGCCCUGCAGCCUCCGCCAUUUACAGUUAAAUCACGUUUGUUUCAGUUUGAACAGCCCUAAACACACCUGCCCUGGCUGUGACUGACAUAGGCUGCAUGAAAACAAAAUGGUUUCACUUUCAAUCAGACAUUAAGUUGCUUUAGAAGGUUUUAUCGCGUGCUCUGAACUUUAAUCACAUAACGUAGACUUCUGCAGGGUCCGUGAGGCUAAUUACAGUACAGGAGAUACGAAAUUCUAGAUUAAACAUAAUGUACAAUACAGCAAGUGUUCCAGGAAGUGUUUAGAAAGGCUGUGCAAGUCACAUGCAAGGAGGUGUGCCUAGGGCUGUAUAAACAAAGCGUUUAACUCCUAAAUGGCAGCAAAUUGAGCAGUGAGACCACAGAGGCAUAAUCUAUACACCAAAAUGGCUCAAUUAUGCCAAAGUUGUUUUGGUGCCUAUAAUGUCCAUUUAACCCCGUAAGGACCAUAUCAUAACAGUCUAUGCUGUUGUGCAGGGCUUUAACACCCUGUGACGGCAUAGACCGCUAUGGAGUAAAGGUACCAGCAGGUGUUAAAUCCCUGCAGGUACCAAGGAAUCCUAGGUAUCUUUUGAUACACGAGAGACCCCUCUGUUAGUAGCCCCAGACUGAAAAAAGCAAUGUGCAGCAUUCAAUGUGAGCACGGUACAUAGCGCUUUAAAUGGAUCUAAAUACCACAGCCGCAGUAAUUUAAAUGUAGCCAAAUACAUUUAGUGUCCCCCCAGCCUGGCACAGUGUCCUCUGUUAUAAGGGAAAUCCACAGGGUUUAAAAGACCCUGGGGAAGGUGUCGCUGCAUGCUCCUUAGCCCAGUAAUCGAUGCUGAGCUCUACCAGCUGUCCAGCACUGAUCUCUGUGUGAGAAGCUGCAGCAUUAGAGUGAGUCUCUCCUGUCAUGCUGCAAUCACACUGUGCAGAGCGCUCACAGAGCACCCUGGCUUUCCCACUUCACACACCAUCUUCUCCUUCCACACAGUGCUGGAAGUCCAUCAGUUUGCCCAGGAAGCUGGAGUGGCGGAAGCAUGGUUGACAGCCCAGGAGCCCAUUGUGAAGAGCCCAGAGCUGGGUAAUAGUGUUGAUGAAGUAGAGCAGCUCAUCCGACGACACGAAGCCUUCAGGAAAACAGCUGCAGCCUGGGAAGAGAGGUUUAGCUCCCUACGGCGUCUGACCACGGUAAGAAAUAUCACACCUUUAACAAAACUCACUGUUACUCUCAUCGAACACAUCGAAGACUAAACACCUACACUUCCUCUGUGUUGGCAGCUAGAAAAGCUUAAAGCAGAACAGAACAAGCAGCCACCAACCCCCCUCCUUGGCCGAAAGGUCUUCCCUGAUACAACAGACUUUUCCACCCGUCCAUCACCCCUGGCCCGUCAGACCAUCCAUGAGAAUUCGGAGCCGAAACCGGAUCAAAAAGAGACACUUUCGGUUCCUAAUGGAACUCAAAUGGAAGCCCACAGGACUCGAGCAGGAGAGUCCAGAGUGGGAUAUGUACGGCAAGAGGUGAAGCCUGAACGUCUGCAGCCAAAGAUAGACCACUUGGAGUCCAAGGUGCCAGACAGGUCAGGUUCUACCCAGGAAGGACACAGAGCAGAUAAGUCCGAAAUAAAGGUGGCACAAGGUAUGGCGACAUUGACUGUUGAGAAAGCUGAAGGCAAAGCAAGCCGGCACCCAGAGAGGAGAAGAGAUCGACACGAGAGACGACUGGAACGACAGGAGUCCAGCGAACAAGAAACCCCGAAACAAGAGCCGCCAGAAAGGAGACGAGAUAGGCAUGACAAGAGACUAGAAAGGCAAGGGUCUAGUGAGCAAGAAACCCCGAAACAAGAGCAGCCAGAGCGGAGGAGAGAGCGGCAUGAGAGGAAGACAGAGAAACAAGAAUCCAUUGAAAAAGACAUUCAAAGGAUUGAGCCUGAGAAACCUGCAGGGUAAGUAUGAAACUGGUACACAGAGAUGAAAGGUACGUGUCCUGAUGUCUGUGUAUUAGGAGGGGGUGAGAGGUAGGUGUCCUGAUGUCUGUGUAUUAGGAGGAGGUGAGAGGUAGGUGUCUUGAUUUCUGUGUAUUAGGAGGAGGUGAGAGGUAGGUGUCUUGAUGUCUGUGUAUUAGGAGGAGGGGAGAGGUAGGUGUCCUGAUGUCUGUGUAUUAGGAGGAGGGGAGAGGUAGGUGUCCUGAUGUCUGUGUAUUAGGAGGAGGUGAGAGGUAGGUGUCCUGAUGUCUGUGUAUUAGGAGGAGGGGAGAGGUAGGUGUCCUGAUGUCUGUGUAUUAGGAGGAGGGGAGAGGUAGGUGUCCUGAUGUCUGUGUAUUAGGAGGAGGGGAGAGGUAGGUGUCCUGAUGUCUGUGUAUUAGGAGGAGGGGAGAGGUAGGUGUCCUGAUGUCUGUGUAUUAGGAGGAGGUGAGAGGUAGGUGUCCUGAUGUCUGUGUAUUAGGAGGGGGUGAGAGGUAGGUGUCCUGAUGUCUGUGUAUUAGGAGGGGGUGAGAGGUAGGUGUCCUGAUGUCUGUGUAUUAGGAGGAGGUGAGAGGUAGGUGUCCUGAUGUCUGUGUAUUAGGAGGAGGUGAGAGGUAGGUGUCCUGAUGUCUGUUUAUUAGUGAGAGGUAGGUGUCCUGGUGUCUGUGUAUUAGGAGGAGGUGAGAGGUAGGUGUCCUGAUGUCUGUGUAUUAGGAGGAGGUGAGAGGUAGGUGUCCUGAUGUCUGUGUAUUAGGAGAAGGUGAGAGGUAGGUGUCCUGAUGUAUGUGUAUUAGGAGGAGGUGAGAGGUAGGUGUCCUGAUGUCUGUGUAUUAGGAGGAGGUGAGAGGUAGGUGUCCUGAUGUCUGUGUAUUAGGAGGAGGUGAGAGGUACAUGUCCUGAUGUCUGUGUAUUAGGAGGAGGUGGAGAGGUAGGUGUCCUGAUGUCUGUGUAUUAGGAGGAGGGGAGAGGUAGGUGUCCUGAUGUCUGUGUGAGGUGAGAGGUAGGUGUCCUGAUGUCUGUGUAUUAGGAGGAGGUGAGAGGUAGGUGUCCUGAUGUCUGUGUAUUAGGAGGAGGGGAGAGGUGGGUGUCCUGAUGUCUGUGUAUUAGAGAAGGUGAGAGGUAGGUGUCCUGAUGUCUGUGUAGGCCUGAUGUCUGUGUAUUAGGAGGAGAUGAGAGGUAGGUGUCCUGAUGUCUGUGUAUUAGGAGGUGAGAGGUAGGUGUCCUGAUGUCUGUGUGUAUUAGGUGAGAGGUAGGUGUCCUGAUGUCUGUGUAUUAAGGGGAGGUGAGAGGUACGUGUCCUUAUGUCUGUGUAUUAGUAGGAGGUGAGAGGUAGGUGUCCUGAUGUCUGUGUAUUAGGAGGAGGUAAGAGGUAGGUGUCCUGAUGUCUUUGUAUUAGGAGGAGGUGAGAGGUACGUGUCCUGAUGUCUGUGUAUUAGGAGGAGGUGAGAGGUAGGUGUCCUGAAGUCUGUGUAUUAGGAGGAGGUGAGAGGUACGUGUCCUGAUGUCUGUGUAUUAGGAGGGGUUGAGAGGUAGGUGUCCUGAUUUCUGUGUAUUAGGAGGGGUUGAGAGGUAGGUGUCCUGAUGUCUGUGUAUUAGGAGGAGGUGAGAGGUAGGUGUCCUGAUGUCUGUGUAUUAGGAGGGGUUGAGAGGUAGGUUUCCUGAUUUCUGUGUAUUAGGAGGGGUUGAGAGGUACGUGUCCUGAUAUUUCAGCAAUUGUUCUCUAGGAAGGCGACUCUGGCAGAUAUCGUGGAGCAGUUGCAGGAGAAAGAAGCUGCACAGAACACCACUGAGGUAAGUCACGAGUUAAAUUGUUGAAGACAUGGGGGCAGUUGUUUCCCUGGGAGCAUGGAAGGACUAGCCUGGUGGUUGUGGGCUGCAGUCUCAUUCUCUGCUCCUGAGGAUGGAUUUUGUCGGAGGUGUGUUGGGAUGUCUGUUGGCACAGUCCUGCAGGAGUGAGGCAGCAGACAGGGAUUGUGCAGGGUGUUUGCUGAGCCGGCACCGAUUGGGUUUGUAUUGAGCUCACGGUCUGUGCACUCAAUGCCUGGACUGCAUGAUCUGAGACUGACCACGUUGCCAGAUACAAUGACUUUAUGAUGUCUCUAGCAGUGUGACACUGACUGCAGGGUUAGAGGAGACAGUGAUCAUUAAAUUCAUAUCACACAUAGAGUAUCACUGAUCGCAAUAGAAUAACUAGACAGGGAGUCUGUGAAUGACCCUUCGUACGGUGUGGACACACUGAUGGAGGCUGCAGGGAUAUAUGAUAGAACACCUUGUAGCUGUCACGUCCAUGUAACUGUCUGAGAUCUGUGACUGGAAUGAUAGAAAGUCAUUGGUUUGCCCUCAGGGCAGGUUUUUGUUAUAAUAAUAAAAAUCUAUGACUUUGUGAUGUCACUCAUUGGCUGUGCAGUGGGACAUCAGAGCAAGGAGGCCCUUGAUAGACAGGCUUUCAUAUUGUUUUGUCCUCUAGGGCUGUGAUUGAGUAACAGCAUUACCAUGUGAAAUCAGAGAUCUUUAAAAUACAGAGUCAAAUUCCAGCAGGAAUACCAGGGUCUGCUGAGCCACCAGUUUAAAAUUUCCCCAGCCACCACUGGCUUAUUAAUAUAAUAAAAUAUAGUAAUCACUUGAAAGCCCCUGUGAGCUUGCUUUAAUGAAUUAGAUUGCACUUUAAUCUCCAAGUGGUAAAGCCGCUCUCUUUUUUUGCAGAGUAAAGAGUCUCCUGCUCGCCUACCCAAUGGAGUUGAAAAACUCCCAGAAAGAACGCCAAGACCAGACCGACCAAGAGCCAGAGACAGGCCCAAACCAAGGAGAAGACCUCGUCCAAGAGAUCCAAACCAACCACCAGGGGAGGCACGGCGGUCUCGUUCUGCCCCUGCACAGAGCAGUGCUCCUCCCCCACCACCUCCCACGCACACUGUUCAACAAGAAGGGUAUCUCUUCAGGAAACACGAGCUGGAUGGACCCAGCAAAAAGGCUUCCAAUAGGUGAGUAGGCCCCAAAUAAUGUGCAGUACGUGCUAAGCGAGAGUGGCAUCGAUGUACCAUCACUAAGCAGAAACAUAGAGUUUCUAAUCAGUAAGUAAUACCAGACAGUCACCCAAAUUUACCAUCUUCUACUGACCUCCUUCCUCCCACAGGUCCUGGGUCAACCUUUACUGUGUGCUAAACAAGGGGGACCUUGGGGUUUACAAAGAUGCCAAGAGUCAGAAUUCUGGGGCGACACACGGAGGGGAGCCCCUCCUUAAUCUACAUGGGGCCGACUGUGAAGUGGCUAACGAGUACAAGAAGAAGAAGUUUGUUUUUAAGCUCAGGUGAGUGUUUUCAUGGAUGAAAACAAUAAAUAGUUCAAAUAGGAACAGAAGUAAAAUAAAUAUUUCUUGUUUUACCUGCAGGUCGACAGAUGGAAGAGAGUUUCUUUUUCAAGCAAAAGACGAGGUAAAUUUCGGGCUUGACACUUUCUUGGUUGCAACUUUACAACUGGUUAUUUUCAUUCCCAUCGAGUAUUAACCAAAUGGAAUUCAGAAUCACAUGGAGUGCUACAGUUAUCAUAGCUGCAGCGAUUUGCAAAAUUUACACCAAAACAACUGGUUUUGGAACCAUUGUCCAAUGCUGCUUGAUCACAGAUUGACUAUUGUAUUCAUUUCAGUUUAUCACAGUCGCCAUUGUGUGCGUGGCCCGCCGCCCCCUAUAGAUACUGAGAAUGUGGCCUUGCUAUACCCUGUAUCUGUUUUAGCAAGUUAUUAUAGGAGUUUCACAUUAAUAAAAUUAUAGGAAAAAAAUAUAUAUGACAGAAUGUCACCAUAUGCGAAUUAUCACAUAUUCUGAUUUCAGGCAUUUUGGACACAGUGAUAAACAGCAAAAGGUGUAAUUAAAUCUAAGCCAAUCACUGGCCGCUAAGCUGUGUAUAAAAUAGCAGGAUAGUACUAAGGGAACCGGACAUAGACUGUGAGAACAAAAGGCAAUAAUCGUAUCUACACAUCUUUCCAUGUCCUGCUCUGCAUUCUGGGAUUGCUAUGUGUGGGGCCGAUUGUUCAGUCUGCCUUAUCAUGUUUGUAAAUUACAGCUGAGUAGAUUUGAGAAUAGCUAUUAUUAGGCCAUUUCAGAGUUUACACAUUCUAUUAUACCUGAAUGUCUGCAGAAUAUAGCGACAUUGAUGAUAUUAGCUUAGUAUGUUAUCAUUGACCGGUCAGUACUUACAGCUCAGAGUUACAGGAAAUUAAGUCAUUGGAAUAGCACAAGCUGGCCGGAGAGAAAUCUUCGUCUGUGAUUCUAUCAAAGCAACGUUUUCCGAAGGCAGAAGGCAUUCCUUGAAAGCCUGGGUCACAGACUAUUUAGUGCGAAUAAUAUAAAUGCAUAUUGAAUAAGGUGGUGGAUGUAUGGGAUGGCCACCCAGCAGAGAUGGCACAGUCUAAUAACAUGGCGGGCAUAGCUCAAAGCCUGCACAGAGGAGGAGGAAACAAUCUAGGUUGAAGGCAUUCAGAGUUAUUUACUAAAGGAAUAAUUGUUGGGAAUUCAAAGUUAAUUUUAAAUUCAAGGACAAAGUUUGACUAGGUUGGCCUUGAACUUGAAAUUCACGUUGAAUUCUCAAAAUUCGCCCUUAGCAAAUGGCCCUGUUGGAUCUUUAAAUGGGAAAUAAAUGGGACUAGGAGGUCCAUUGAGUUCCACCCUGCCACCAUGAUUAUAAAGGACCACAAUGACUGAAACACAACUGGGGUGAAUUCAUUAAAUCUGAAUUGCAGAGAAUUUACACAGAAAUUGCAGUUUCUGAAGUUGGAGAAUUUAAGUUUUGCCUACAAUAGGCAAAUUCUAUUUUUUUCUAGAAUAUAUUGUCUGGUUAGAUUGUGCCUCUAAUUUGAAAUGUUACAAUAAAUUCCUCAUAUCCUCUGUAGGAAGAGAUGAAAAACUGGAUUGCAGCCGUAACCACAUCGGUUUCCGAACACAGCGAGAUCUCGAAGUGGAGUCAGACCCUUCUCACUACCUCCUCCACGGAUGAAGGGAAUAUAAAACGCGAGACUGACCGCAGAUCCAGCGCAGGUGGCAAGAAGAAGUGAACCACGAAUAACGUGGACCUUCUACACGCCCUUCCAUCAAUCCUAUGGCCUGUCCCAGACAGGACAUCUUCAGAGAUGGCUUCUGUUUCUACAGGUGGACAGAGGACAACAGGGCCUCUGCCUUCUGCCUUGUUUUUGUCUAUGCAUUACCUGGACAUUGUCCUUCACCCCCUCAAAAGACAUUUUGGGCAUAGCCAUUCCUCUUUCAUCCUUAAACUUCCAUCCCACUACACGUUCACUUGGUUCUCCCAGAGCCCUGUGGGGUAAAAUUGGAUUUAGCUCUCUGUAGGGCUCCAUAAAUCAUGCGUAUCUGCAGCAAGUGGUAUUUAAUAGAACGGGCAGGAUUAAGACCACAGCGUUCGGUGCUGGGUUUGGGAGAGAUUCUCAGGUCUCUAGCAGUUUGUCACAAAGAAAGCUAAAACAAUAUAUUUUCAAAAGUUACGACCUUCGAUGGUUGAAAAAGAGCACAGCUAGUUCUAGAAUGAAAGACUGUCAUUUUUAGAGAGAGAUUUUGCUUUGCCACAGUUAAGCAGUGGUGGGUAAGAUCACCUUUACUUGGUCCACAAGCCAUUUUACUUUGGCUGAUGAAUCAGAGGAACAAUGCUCUAUCAUUGGGUAAACGUGUAACACAGAUACAUAUGCUCAAUCAAUGUACUCUCUGCAAACAUACCUGAUCUCCUCCUCCGUUAGCUGGUCCUAAAUGUCAGAUCCUGUAAGAUUGGUGGAGUGAUAAACGGCUAGCAGUAGCAGUGGACAUGGCGACAUACGUGCCUUUAAAUAUGGCCCCUGAUAAUUGACUAUAGGUCACUAGAGGUGAUAAACUCCCAUUUACAAUGCCGCCAUGUUUGUAAGAGUCCAUUAGGAAUUCCCCUCCCCAUCUCAAACAGAACUGGGAUUUGUUCUAGUUUCUCAUCUUUUAACGUAGACUUGUAGGUUUUUAAUAGAAGAAUUUUAUCAUCCCAGUCAAACUGCCACUAGACAAGUUCAUAACAUUUUUUUUGGUUUGAAGAGACUUGUAAUCUCGGGUAAUUUAAGAAUGAUCUGAAAAGCACAUUAAUUAAAGGGCAUUACAUUGAACUCGCUGUGUUUGUAAAGGACCCCAGUUCCUGCCAGGAGCCCGUGGUACAAGUAGUACUGGUUCCCCUCCCUUCAUGAAGCAUUACCUGCAUGACCUAGGUUAAUUAAGGUUAGACUGUAAGCAGACAGUACUGCAUGGGCAGGGCCAAUACUAAGCCACGCCUAUUAGCACUUAUUGACUUUAUGGAGAAACUACACAGAAUCAGCCCAUGCAGGGAAUGUUCAGAGGUAAAAUAAAGUCUGUACAGGGCCAAAUAGUAAGCCAUGUACGAGGAGGAUACUGAGAAAUGGGGCCACGCAAAAUCUAACCCAAAAAAGGGUAACUGUCCCGAAAUCUUGCUCGCAACACUUGACCUAUUGAUAUGUACUAAACAGUAAUUCUUGACUCUCACGGUACUGGUGUGUAGGGUGCGUUAUGGGGGUACAGGCUCAAACAGUCAGAUUCCCCCCAUUCUGGCACAGUAGUGGUCGCUGCGGAACAUCACAGGACAUGUGCAGACUACUAACACACCUGUGUUUAGGGAUGCAUCUACUUGCACACAGGUGGCCAGCUAUAUUUAUUAUCCUGCGGAUGUUCAAGGUGGAGAUAGACACCUCUUGCACUAUUGCAAAGCAUGAGAUACUUCCGCUAGUGGAGGGAGCAGGUGCCAUGUUAUGUGUAACCGUACCCAUUUCUGGACUACAACUCACAUAAAUCUUUGCCAGAAAAUACAGUGAGUAGCUGGCAAGACUGGGGCCCAAUUUUACCACUCCCUGGCGAACACCCAUCUAAACACAGCAGCCAUAUGCAAAAUAUUCACUAUGCACAGCUUAGCGUGUUCUGUUUCUAUGUUACAUACACAUUAGGCAGUUUGUUUUAAAACACUGCAUUUUUAGUGCUCUCGUUUUAACCCUUUAUCUGCAGGAGUGAGUCCUGGAUCUACUACCUUUUGCAACAAAUGGAUUGUUCAUCUUUAAAUAGGAGUUUCAAAACUCAUUGGGGAUAAAAUAAGCUUCUUCCACCUAAUCACGGAAGACUGUUCUACAUCAGAAAGCCACCAUGCUGUUCAGACUAUGCUCCAAGCAAGAGCAAAGAUUUAAUAUUUUUCCCAGCGUUUUCGAUAUAGACCAGCAUUCUGUACCAAGGCCUAGAAAUGACCGUACACCUUAGUAUAAAUCAGACCUCAUCUGUGUGUUUGGUUAAUGCUGGACCUGAACAUUUAACGCAAAGCAACAAUUUUAUUCUGGAGCUUUAAGUUAAUACUUCGGCAGAAAUUUAUUUUAGUUUUUUUCUCGAUUUGCAGAAUUGUGGCAAAAAUAAUAUGAAUUAAGAAAAAAUAAAAUAAUUCUGCAAGUUUGAUUUCAGAUUUCCCAGAUGUCACUAUUAAGGAUAUAAAAUCUCAUGUUAAGGUCUUUAAAUGUAGAAUUUGUUAUGCUGGCAAGCCUACUCCAUUUGAAACGUGAGAGCUACUGCAACAUGGCCUUAGCACAGUGAGAAUAAUGCGGGGUGUUUGUAAGUACUCUAGGCAGCUUUAAUUCAGACGUUUUAUGGUGGCCGUUGGUGUUGGUUUUAAUUUACACUUAGGCGGCUGAAGGCGAGAACGUCCCACCUUGGAGUAGACAUGAAAACAAGUUUCCUUCAGAUCAGUCAAGUUUGCUUCCUGUACAUCACCCAUUUGUAAUCCUCUCCUAGUGCUAAGGAAAUGAUAAAUGGUUCCUCUCUCGGCUUCCAUAGGUUUGAUUUUAAGGACAGUAAAGUGAAAUUUAAAAAAAAUCAGUAAGCAUACAAUAUCAGUGCCGAACUUUGACCCUCAAGGUUUUGGACUGCAUUCCGUAUAAUCCUCUGAGAAAUGGAGUCCAGUGGUGGAGGCUCAGUUUGGAUGACCCUAGGUUACAGCGGUUUCCUAUCCAGGCUGACACCAUGGACUUUCCAAAAUGAUUUGAGAAAAAUCAAGGCUUUGCAUGCAAUGGGUUAAUAAAAUAAAAAGGGACUUCUGCAUGAGUAGGUCACACCAUCCCACGGGAUAACUGUCCCCUCACUGUAAAUGGUUUUCUACAAAACGGAUACAGAUGUAAUUUUAUUGUAAAGAAUCUUCAGAUAUUAGACAUCGAUAUGUAAACAUAUAUUCCCUUCCAGAGCGCAGUGCAUUUUGGGUAAAUAAAAUAAUGGACCCAGAUGUCUUUAUUAAAUGUCUAGGUUUAUACCUUUGUGGAAAAAUAAAGACAGACAGAUAUUGUACAGUCUGCCAACUUGCUUGUGUCUUUCAUUCAUUCUCUACACCGCUCACCGGUGGCACUUUCCUGUAGUAAAUCAGGAUUGAGUGUUCGUGUAGGGAGGCCGGAGGCUCCUCAUUAGUCACUUUGUGUGCAUUAUCUCUUUUGUAAAUCGGAGACUUUAUUUAGAUGCAUUUCACUUAAUGACCUAAACGUCCAAAAGACAGUAUUAUAAAAUCCAGCCACGUAGAUCAGUCUGUGCAUGUACGGUUUAUAACGCCGUCUCAUCUUUCCUCUGUUCCACCAAGAGAUGGUCAUUUUCUAUGUUAUUAGUCACCGUAUUAUAACCCACUGUUUUUGCUGACCGCCUUAAAGAGGCUCUUGGGUUCUUCAGAAUCCUAAAGCCAGCCCACAGAGCCCUUACUUCCUUCAGCAGAUCCUUCUUAAUGCUCUCACUGACAAAGAUAUUGAUAAAAGGGUCCAAGGCACUGCUGAGGCUCGUAAGGCUGAAACAGAUCCGAUAGGCUGGACGGACUUUGUUCUCUAUGUCGCAGGUGCAGAUAUUCCGAUCGCUGAUGAAGGAACGGAUGAAGAGCACAAUGUGGUAGGGAAGGUAGCAUAUAACAAAGAUGGCUGUCAUAGUCAACAGAAGUCCAAUGAUCUUGCGUUUUUUAUUUAUUUCCAAGCUGGGACUACGGUGAACUACUCGGACUAUGGAACAGUAGGAGACUAUGAGAAGUACCAGGGGAAUAAGAAAUACCACAAAAAUACGAAAAUAGUUAACACGAGCCAUCCAUCUAUCCAUCGGAUACUUUUCGUAGCAAAGCUUGACGUUCUGGCUGGAGUUAAACAGUUCAUCCUUGCCGAGGAAUAUGGCAUGAGAGCCCAGGAUGAUCAACCAAACCGCUAGACAGAUAAACAUUGCACCUCUUAUAGUCCGUAUGGCCACAGCCCGAAAAGGGAAAACAGUAGCUACAAAGCGAUCUACAGCUAUGCAGCUCAGGAACGCUAUGGUGGUGUAGAGGUUAGCGUUGAAAAAGAAGCCAACAAUCUUGCAGGUCAAAGCUCCAAAAAGCCAGUCCUCCUUGGCUGUAUAAGCAAUCCAUACAGGAAGAGUGCAGAUGUACAUGAGAUCAGAGGCGCAGAGAUUGGCCAGGUACACGCCAAGGACAUUGCCGCGUUUGACAUGUUGAGCGAUCACACCAAUGGCCGCCAAGUUGCCAAUCAGACCAACGAUGAAGACGAGGGAGUAAAUAAUUGGGAAGAGGGUAGCUUCAUAUUGGCCACUGUAACCACAGACCGCAUUACACGCCAUGGGGAGGCAAGUAUCUCACGGAUCAGCAGUCAACUGUUAAGCAAGAAAAACAAAACACACAAUCAAUAUAUUAUUUAUACAAGGGGAAAUAUUGCUGAAAAUUAAUGUGUAAGAUUAAUAAAAUGUGCUAUCACGACAAAUACACCAAAUCCUGUCUGUCUACAGAUUAACUUUAUAUCUCACGCAAAGCAGAGCAAGCACGGAUUUCAAUAGUUUAUCAAUUGAC